GAUGCUGUUCUUCACUGACUAUGGGGACGUAGCCAAGGUGGAGCGCUGUAACAUGGACGGCACCAACCGAACCAGACUGGUGGAUUACAAGACAGCGCAACCCACAGCCGUGGCCCUGGACCUGGCCAAGAAGCUGGUAUACUGGGCAGACGCCUACUUGGAUUACAUCGAAGUGAUGGAUUACAAUGGGAACAACAGACACGCAGUCAUCCAGGACAGUCAAGUGAGUGUCAAGCCUCAUUGUGUUGUCGUCGUGGGGCUGAGCUGAGCUCUGCUUCUGAUGAUUGUCUCCUUGGGUUUACGGUUUACAUGCCACACGGGGCAAUUAGUCUGAGGACAUUUAUAUGGAUAUUGCAAGGAGACAAUCUGAACUGUGUUUGUCCAAUGUGUGGCUCAGUUGUUAGAGCGUGGCGCUAGCAAUGCCACAGUUGUGGGUUCAAUUCCUGCAAGGAUCACAUACACACACUUACACAUUACAAGAAUGAUAAACCUUCCUCCUUGCAGACUGUUAACUACAUCUUUCCAAAACUAUACUUACAAUGGCAGUUCAGGGGGCAUUUCAGGCGAAGUAAUAAAUGCCUUUCUUCUACCGACAAAAUGAAUUCUAUCUUGCCAAAGUCACUGUAGAGUUGAAACAUCCCAAAUGGUACCCUAGUCCCUAUAUAGUGCACUAAUUUUGAUGAGAGCCUCUGGUCAAAAGUAGUGCACUAUUUAGGGAAUGGGGUGCCAGGGAUGCACCCAAGGUUUGAUAUCUCCUGAAUAUGGAUUUUACUGGAACACUGCAUGGUGAUUCAUUAGUGUGGAUGAGUGGAAGAAGCUGUGAUGAGGCCGCUUACAAAUGGCCCAAGUCGUUAGUCCUUCUCCCUGUACUACACUUUGGAGACGGAUAAUUGGGGGAAUAAUAUUAUUCAAAAGGAUGCCCCUUGAAAGCGACCUACUGUAGGCUAUGAUGGUGAUGGUGAUGGAAGGAAAAAAAGAGGCCAGGGUGUAUGAAAUACACCUCAUUGUGUGUGCAGGUGUUCUUAGCAUAAUGAUGCCUCUUUCUGUUCAUAAAUGCGUGGCCUCAGCAGACCUCUGCAUAUCGUCUCCAUGACAAAUGAAAGACAGAAUUUACUUUUUCUACUGGCAGUGUUGCAUCUUAAUCCAUUUUUGAGGCGUGCGUGUGCAUGCAUCCACAUGGAAGGUGUCGGUCGGGUUAAUGUAGCGUGUAGGGCGGUGUCAUAGCCAGGGACAAGGCAUGUUCCCAGAGCAAAAUGCCCACUCCAUGACCCUGUGAAGGCUGUGGAAUACACACACACACACAUACACACACAUUUUCUCUUAUGCCUUAGAUCCUGGAGCUCCCAGAGUUGUGUUAUAGAUUAAAAGCUUAGUUCUUUUUGCAAGGGUGGGGGUUCUGUUGCAUGUAAAUGCAUUGUUCUGCUCUGUUUUAGGUGUCCUACAUCCAUGGAUUAGCUGUCUUUGAGAACUACCUGUAUGCCACUCAUUCUGACCCCUCCAAUGGGAAUAUCAUGGACAUCUUCAAGAUCCAUCGGUUUAACACCACAGAACCCAGGACACUAACCAGCCUAGGGAGUUCCAGAGAAGCAAUACGGGUUUACCACAGACUCACUCAGCCAAAAGGUAAAGGACAUUUGGUCUCCGGCUGUAACAUGUGCAUGCAAGCACAGUACUUGUAACGCACAAGCUCAUGGAGAUGUCUGCAUCACUGUGACUUGAACCAGUAAUGGUACUGUGAUGCAUGCUGGUGUCAAAUGUAUAUGUAGCCUACAUGUGACAAACGGGCUGUGGAUAUGAUUAGAAUUCUCCAUCACUUGAUAAAGUACGGUCAAAUGAUUGUGUUAGAGGUGUGUUUGAUGAGUCUAACAGACUUUCCUACUCCUCCUAUCCUCUAGUUAGGAGUCACGCGUGUGAGACGGACCCGUAUGGAAAGCCAGGUGGAUGCUCCCACAUCUGUCUGCUGAGCGGUAGCUACAAGUCCAGGACCUGUCGAUGUCGGACAGGCUUCAGUAUGGGAAGUGACGGACAGUCCUGCAAAAGUCAGUGUCACAUCUCUCCCUCCUUUCCUUAUGUCAUAAACAUGUAAUCUAAUCAUAGCCUAUAUUUCUGAACACGCUGUAGAAAAACAAAGUAGAAAAUGUAUAAUGGAGAUGGAAUAGUUCCCUCAAAGUACAAAAGUGUGUCCUAUCACUUUAGCAUCUACAGCAGUGAUAUUCAAAGUCGGGGUCGCGGGGGAACUGCAGUGGGGUCGCCAAAAUGUAAAACAAAUAUAUAGUAAUACGAACACUUUUUUUUUAGGAACAAAAUAUUAAGAGUACAGAUUAUUGUAUGGGACGAUAUACAAACGUUUUUUGAGAAAGAUAAUUUGAAAGACAACAUUUUAUUGAGUAAAUGGUUUAUUUAUUGGUUUAUUUUCAUUUUGAUAAGAGAUAAAAAUGCAAUUAAUUGAAGGUUAUUAAUUGAAGGUUAUUUGUUGAUGUAAAAUCGUGAAACAAAUUGGGUCAGAUACAUAUGUAGGAUCUUAAUUUGAUUACCCUGUUGCAAUGUGGGAAAUUUAAAAUGUGUAGUAGUAUUUUAGGUUUAAAAAGGCUUCUGAAGUUUGUAAUUUCCACUUUGAAAUUUCAGACUUGAUUUUCCCUUAGGAAAAAUGCAUCAACCCAUACAAAAUUGUCCAUUAUUUAUAAUCCAAAUAAUAAUUAAACAUUUCUGUUAGUGCAGGAUUAUUUUCCUGCUUUAGCAAACUGCCUCAAAUGAAGAUCCUGUAUAUUGAGAUGUCUGUCACUAGUGAGGAUGUCACUAACACACGGUUAUAAUAACAGUAUUCCACUUAUCAUCUAGCCUCAUUUUGGCCAGCUAAUAGCCUAACCAUCGAUCAAGCAACAUUAUGGGCUAAACGUUCAAACUUGUUGCUGUAGGAUUAUUUUGCUGUGACAAUGCAGGUCAAAUUAAGAUCCUUCAUCUGUAUUUAUCGCCCCGCCUCAGAUAAAGCAAAAUAAUCCUGCAGCAACAAGAUUUGAAUGUUUAGUCCAUAAUGUUGCUUCUAUAUUUGUAAACAACAGCUGGUGCACAAAAUCAAAUACUAAGGAAGUCUCGAGGUUUUGUUCGCCUGAGGUAGAGUAUCUUAUGAUAAGCUGUAGACCACACUAUUUAUCAUCUAUAUUUUUCAUAGCUGUCUAUUUACCACCACAAACCAAUGCUGGCAUUAAGAUUGCACUCAAUGAGCUGUAUAAGGCCAUAACUAAACAGGAAAACGCUCAUCCAGAGGCAGCGCUCCUAGUGGCUGGGGACUUUAAUGCAGGGAAACUUAAAUCCGUUCUACCUAAUUUCUACCAGCAUGUUAAAUGUGCAACCAGAGGAAAAAAAGAAUCUAGACCACCUUUACUCCACACACAGAGACGCAUACAAAGCUCUCCCUCGCCCUCCAUUUGGCAAAUCUGACCAUAACUCGAUCCUCCUGAUUCCUGCUUUGUAUGCAAAAACUAAAGCAGGAAGCACCAGUGACUCAGUUAGUAAAAAAGUGGUCAGAUGACGCAGAUGCCAAGCUACAGGACUGUUUUGCUAGCACAGACUGGAACAUGUUCUGGGAUUCUUCAGACAGCAUUGAGGAGUACACCACAUCAGUCACUGGCUUCAUCAAUAAGUGCAUCGAUGACGUCGUCCCCACAGUGACUGUACGUACAUACCCCAACCAGAAGCCAUGGAUUACAGGAAACAUCCGCACUGAGGUAAAGGGUAGAGCUGCCGCUUUCAAGGAGCGGGACUCUAACCCGGACGCUUAUAAGAAAUCCCGCUAUGCCCUCCGACGAACCAUCAAACAGGCAAAGAGUCAAUACAGGACUAAGAUUGAAUCGUACUACACCGGCUCUGACGCUCGUCGGAUGUGGCAGGGCUUGAAAACUAUUACAGACUACAAAGUGAAGCACAGCCACGAGCUGCCCAGUGACACAAGCCUACCAGACGCUUCCGUAGCCGAUAUGAGUAAGACUUUUAAGCAGGUCAACAUUCACAAGGCCAAGACGUGUACUCCGAGCAUGCACUGAUCAACUGGCAAGUGUCUUCACUGACAUUUUCAACAUGUCCCCUGACUGGGUCUGUAAUACCAACAUGUUUCAAGCAGACCACCAUAGUCCCUGUGCCCAAGGACACUAAGAUAACCUGCCUAAAUGACUACCGACCCGUAGCACUGACGUCUGUAGCCAUGAAGUGCUGUGAAAGGCUGGUCAUGGCUCACAUCAACGCCAUUAUCCCAGAAACCCUAGACCCACUCCAAUUUGCAUACCGCCCCAACAGAUCCACAGAUGAUGCAAUCUCUAUUGCACUCCACACUGCCCUUUCCCACCUGGACAAGAGGAACACCUACAGUGAGGGAAAAAAGUAUUUGAUCCCCUGCUGAUUUUGUACGUUUGCCCACUGAAAAAGAAAGUAUCAGUCUAUCAUUUUAAUGGUAGGUUUAUUUGAACAGUGAGAGACAGAAUAACAAUAAAAAAAUCCAGAAAAAUGGAUGUCAAAAAUUUUAUGAAUUGAUUUGCAUUUUAAUGAGGGAAAUAAGUAUUUGACCCCUCUGCAAAACAUGAUUUAGUACUUGGUGGGAAAACCCUUGUUGGCAAUCACAGAGGUCAGACGUUUCUUGUAGUUGGCCACAAGGUUUGCACACAUCUCAGGAGGGAUUUUGUCCCACUCCUCUUUGCAGAUCUUCUCCAAGUCAUUAAGGUUUCGAGGCUGACGUUUGGCAACUCGAACCUUCAGCUCCCUCCACAGAUUUUCUAUGGGAUUAAGGUCUGGAGACUGGCUAGGCCACUCCAGGACCUUAAUUUGCUUCUUCUUGAGCCUUGGCCGUUCUCUCCCAAGAUUUGGGUGAGAGGUUCUCACCCAAGAUUUGACGGUACAUGGCCCUGUCCAUCGUUCCUUUGAUGCGGUGAAGUUGUCCUGUCCCCUUAGCAGAAAAACACCCCCAAAGCAUAAUGUUUCCACCUCCAUGUUUGACGGUGGGGAUGGUGUUCUUGGGGUCAUAGGCAGCAUUCCUCCUCCUUCAAACACGGCGAGUUGAGUUGAUGGCAAAGAGCUCCAUUUUGGUCUCAUCUGACCCCAACACUUUCCCCCAGUUCUCCUCUGAAUCAUUCAGAUGUUCAUUGGCAAACUUCAGACGGGCAUGUAUAUGUGUUUUCCUGAGCAGGGGGACCUUGCGGGUGCUGCAGGAUUUCAGUCCUUCACGGCGUAGUGUGUUACCAAUAGUUUUCUUGGUGACUAUGGUCCCAGCUGCCUUGAGAUCAUUGACAAGAUUCUCCCGUGUAGUUAUGGGCUGAUUCCUCACUGUUCUCAUGAUCAUUGCAACUCCACGAGGUUAGAUCUUGCAUGGAGCCCCAGGCCGAGGGACAUUGACAGUUAUUUUGUGUUUCUUCCAUUUGCGAAUAAUCACACCAUCUGUUGUCACCUUCUCACCAAGCUGCAUGGCGAUGGUCUUGUAGCCCAUUCCAGCCUUGUGUAGGUCUACAAUCUUGUCCCUGACAUCCUUGGAGAGCUCUUUGGUCUUGGCCAUGGUGGAGAGUUUGGAAUCUGAUUGAUUGAUUGCUUCUGUGGACAGGUGUCUUUUAUACAGGUAACAAGCUGAGAUUAGGAGCACUCCCUUUAAGAGUGUGCUCCUAAUCUCAGCUCUUUACCUGUAUAAAAGGCACCUGGGAGCCAGAAAUCUUUCUGAUUGAGAGGGGGUCAAAUACUUAUUUCCCUCAUUAAAAUGCAAAUCAAUUUAUAACAUUUUUGACAUGCGUUUUUCUGGAUUUUGUUGUUGUUACUCUAUCUCUCACUGUUCAAAUAAACCUACCAUUAAAAUUAUAGACUGAUCAUUUCUUUGUCAGUGGGCAAACGUACAAAAUCAGCAGGGGAUCAAAUACUUUUUUCCCUCACUGUAUGUGAGAAUGCUAUUCAUUGAUUAUAGCUCAGCGUUCAACACCAUAGUGCCCUCACAGCUCAUCACUAAGCUAAGGAUCCUGGGACUAAACACCUCCCUCUGCAACUGGAUCUUGGACUUCGUGACGGGCCGCCCCCAGGUGGUAAGGGUAGGUAACAACAUAUCUGCCACGCUGAUCCUCAACACGGGGGCCCCUCAGCGGUGCGUGCUCAGUCCCCUACUGUACUCCCUGUUCACCCAUGACUGCAUGGCCAGGCACGACUCCAACACCGUCAUUAAGUUUGCAGACGACACAACAGUGGAAGGCCUGAUCACCGACAACGAUGAGACAGCCUAUAGGGAGGAUGUCAGAGACCUGGCCGUGUGGUGCCAGGAUAACAACCUCUCCCUCAAUGUGACCAAGACAAAGGAGAUGAUUGUGGACUACAGGAAAGAAAAGAGGACUGAGCACGCCCCCAUUCUCAUCGACAGGGCUGUAGUGGAACAGGUUGAGAGCUUCAAGUUCCUUGGUGUCCACAACACCAACAAACUAUCAUGGUCCAAACACACCAAGACAGUCGUGAAGAGGGCACGACAAAGCCUAUUCCCCCUCAGGAGACUGAAAAUAUUUGGCAUGGGUCCUCAGAUCCUCAAAAAGUUAUACAGCUGCACCAUCGAGAGCAUCCUGACUGGUUGCAUCACCGCCUGGUAUGGCAACUGCUCGGCCUCCGACCGCAAGGCUCUACAGAGGGUAGUGCGUACGGCCCAGUACAUCACUGGGGCCAAGCUUCCUGCCAUCCAGGACCUCUAUACCAGGCGGUGUCAGAGGAAGGCCCUCAAAAUUGUCAAAGACUCCAGCCACCCUAGUCAUAGACUGUUCUCUCUGCUACCGCACGGCAAGCGGUACCGGAGCGCCAAGUCUAGGUCCAAAAGGCUUCUCAACAGCUUCUACUCCCAAGCUAAAGACUCCUGAACAGCCAAUAAUGGCUAUCCGGACUACUUGCACUGCCCCCCCCCCCACCCCCACCCCAUCUUUUUACGCUCCUGCUACUCUGUUAAUUAUUUAUGCAUAGUCACUUUAACUCUAACCACAUAUUAAAUCAACUACCUCAACUAGCCGGUGCCUCCGCACAUUGACUCUGCACCGGUUCCCCCCUGUAUAUAUAGCCUCCCUACUGUUAUUUUAUUUUACUCCUACUCUUUUUUUCUCAACACUUUUUUGUUGUUGUUUUAUUUAACUUUUUUAUGAAAAAAUAAAUGCAUUGUUGGUUAAGGGCUGUAAGUAAGCAUUUCACGGUAAUGUCUACACCUGUUGUAUUCGGCACAUGUGGCAAAUACAUUUUGAUUUGAUUUGAUAGUCAGAUAGACAGUGAUGAAGAAGAACGCUGGUUGUGACUGGUCCAUUAGAAAAUGAUGUCCCACUAUUGACAUGUCAGGAGCCGCAAUUCAUUAUGGCCUAAUGGAGUUUUAAGUUUGUCUGCAUUUGUUAGCUUGCCUGAUCAAUCCAUGGACAUUGUGUAGUUGACAAAAAAAGCAGAAGAUCAAAUUGAUGACACAAUCAGAGGUCCACCGCAUUUCGAUCGGGCCUUGCCGCGUUCCCCUCCAAGACACAUUUGAUUUAUACCUCCUUACUAGAUGUUCUGAUGACACCAGUUCUCUCUUCCCUUAGCCUAAUGAGAUUCAGUGCUAAAUGGUAGUGCUUCUUUAUGUCGCAUUUCAGCCAGUCACGGUGGGGUUUGAGAUCUGGGUCAUAAUUGUCUCCUGGGGUUGCCUGGCUCUCCCUCAUAGGAUGAUAAAUUGAGGUGAUGUCUGUGUGGUCUGUCUCACCCACGGCAGUAUGGUCUCCUGGGUAAAGGGGGUAGAGUGGCUUGGGGUAGAGUGAGGAGAGGUCUGGUUCUGUCUUCGUAGCCCUGGAGGAUCCCUAGGGUCCCACCCAGAACCCCCCAGAGUGACUGGUACUCUGCCACAGUGGAGCUGCCUCAGCUUUCUAUGCGGGCUCUCUGUUUGCCUUUCAAAGGAGAUACUGUAAAUGUCUGUGCAUUAGAAGUUAACAGUCAUAGUACAGUUGCUUUAUUAGUCUCUCUCGCCUGACUUUCAUAUUGUUACAGCAGAAGGCCAAGAUAGCUAGCGAGUAUACUGGUUUCUCAGUGUUCUUCAGCCAUUUCCUCUCACUGACUUGUUACAGGUUUCAGUUUAUCUAUCCAUUUAGAGGUUGGUUAGCACAUUAGUACGUUAGCUGAGGCGCGCACUGAUUGGAGUCACCUCGUUAGUCAGUAUGUGUUUCACUUGCGCAGGCCCAGCUGGCCCAGUGCAUCACUUGGAGAGGAGAUGUUGAGAGAGCUACACCUCACGUCAGCUGAACCACUUUAGUUUGAAAGAAGUUUCUGUGUUUCUCCUCUUUGUUUGGCUCCAUUUUCUUUUGACACCCUUUCCUAAAUUGGUGUGGGUUAUUCUUUUAGUUUGUCUUUUCGGAGGCAAACCUUAGUAGGCAUCCAUAGUGGGUGUCUUUUCAAACCCCUUUUGAGACCCUUUCUGUUUAAGUUUGGUUGUCAAAGGGAGCGACGAUAUUUUGAGUUUGUCUUAUGGGAACGUAACAGACUGAAAUGCCAGUUUGUAACAAAUGUGAUUGAAGGGACAUGAAACAUUCAUUGGCACUGAUCACUGCUCCCAUUUAGGAGUAUAGAUGAGCCUGGCCAUCUCAGAUUAGGACAAUGUGGAAUGUUAGAGACUUUAAUUCUGGGAUCAGCAGGAUUGAAGAAUUACACCAAUUAACUGACAAUAAGUAGAGUACAGAGUGAAGAGACCCUUACCUAUUCUGAAAAAAAAGGUGAAAAAAAAGAAGAAAAAAUAUUUUCUUUUAAAUAAGUUAUUGUUGACCCUAAGGGGUGCAUCUUGGCAUCCCUAUCUGCAUUUCAUUUUCACCGUCUUUGUGUGCAUAACACACACACACACACAUACACUCACACACACACUCUCGCUCUCUUUUUCUCUCUCUCUCACACACACACACACACACACACACACACACACACACACACACACACACACACACACACACACACACACACACACACACACACACACACACACACACACACAUACAUACACACACUUGCACGCCUACGCUCACAUACAUGCACCCAUUCACACACAUGCAUCCACCCACACCCUUCCAUUUAAAACAUGUCAAUUCUAUCUACUGUUUAGAGCCUAUAAAUAUUUCAGAAUAUAUUGUCCGUUUUUUUGUACUUUUUUCCAUCGUAUCUCAAAUAUAGUAAUUUGGUUUCUUAUUCUAUGAGUUAUCAUUUCCAUACUAUACAUUUAAUUAAUUGUUUCUUUCCAAUUCCUUAUCUGUGGUGCCAGCAGUUUAAGACUGAUUCUAGUAAUCGUUUUAAGUGCUGUUAUUCUCAGAAUUCUGAAGAGGUGAUUAUCAGAUUGGAGGACCAGUGCAUGAGGGGUUCUUCCCAGGAGUAUAUGUUCUGUAUUUAGAGAAAGUGAGCAUUCAAACUUAUCAUCCAAUACGUUGUAUACUUAGGUCCAGAAAUGAUUCAGGACUGGGCAGGAAUAUAGUAUGUGGGUGUGGUUAGCCCUACUCUCCCCACGGUUACCCAGCAACUUGGUGUGAUGUCACGGUUGUACUUUGAUUGUAUUUGAAGAGUUAUGAAAAAUCUUGACUGAGUUUUCAGAGAGUAUUCCCUCCAGAGUAGAGAGUUGGUUGUCUUGGACGUGUUUCUAGAUACUGUAUGUCCUCCCAGUCUUCUUGGGUUAUUACUAUUUGCAGCUCGUCUUGCCAAUUGGUUACAGCUAUAAUAUUCUCAUAUUUUGUUUCUUCUUUGAUGUUUCAGUAUAUGUGCCCCAGCACAUUCUUGGCAUUUACCUUUCUAUAAGUCUUCGUUUUGAUUUCUAAUCAAAGGAUGUAUAUCAUUAAGCGUUUUAUUAGGUCCCACUGCUUUAGUAAGAUAACAUCUUACUUGUAAGUAAUUGUAAAACUGAGAUUUCUGGAGGUUGUAUUUUUUAAAAUAUAUAUUCUCAAAUAUAUCUAUCCCCUUGUCUGUGAACAUCUGAUGGUAACUGGUCAGUCCUUUUUCAGCCCAUAAUUUAAAUCUAUCACCAAUCAUACUUGGCUUAAAGUCGCCGUCUAUUACAAUUCCUCACAUCUGUUUGGAUGCAUUUUAUUUUGGUGAUAUUUGUCCAGGCCUUUAUAGUGUUAUUUAUACAGGUAUUUUCGAUCUUCCUAGCGUGUGUAUUGAUUGACUUCAUAAAUGUAGUUGCACUUAUUGGUUUUUUCAUUUGUUGGAUUUAUAUCUGUCUCCAUUUAGCUGUUGAUGCCAGGUUCAUCCAUACAAUAAUUUAUUUUAGUUGGGUGGCUAUAUAAUAAUUUAACAAGAUUGGUAGUUCUAGUCCCCCUGCUUGUUUACAUUGUCUGAUUGUUGAAGUUUGACACUGGCUUUUCUUCCUCCCCAGAGGAAUUUACUCAGGAGUUUGUCCCACUGUUUAAAAGUGUAAGGAGUAAUAGUUAUUGGUAGAUUCUGGAACAGGAAUACAAAUCUUCCUGUUAUUGAUAAAGGCACUAAUGUCCACCUUUGUAGGUCCUGUUUAAGCUGGUUUUCCAGUGUUCCAAAGUUAUACUGAUGUAGUUUUGUCAGGUCUAAGUAUUUCAGUUAACUUAGUUUUGAAGUCUUGGAAUAUUGGUGGACCUACCGUCAUUGCUUCUGAUUUCCUUGUAUUUAGUCUGUAUCCAGAUACGACUCUGUAUUGCUUUAUUUUGGUGGGAACUGUUUGAGGAAUAUUUGUUAAGUAGAGAGUCACAUCGUUUGCGUACAUUGCUAAUUUGUGUUCUUUCUUAUCGAUCUUUCCUUUUCUUUUUAUUGUUUUAUUUAUUUAAAUGUUGUUAUUUAUUUAUCCUAUUCUAUAUUUAACCAGAUGAGUCCUAUUGAGAUGUGCAUCUCUCUUUCUCUUUUUCAAUCUCUCAUCUGUCAUGUAGAACCCAAACUGAAUUAGACCAAUUAACUAACAAGAAGUAGAGUUAAGAGUAAUGAUCCCUUUUCUGUUUCUGUGUUCUAGAACCCAAGAAUGACCUGUUCCUGUUCUAUGGUAAGGGUCGGCCAGGGGUCAUCCGAGGCCUGGACAUGAACGUGAAGUCCAGUGAUGAGCACAUGGUACCGAUUGAGGACCUGGUCAACCCCAGAGCCAUUGACUACCACGCAGAGUCAGAACACAUCUACUUCGCUGACACCACCAGUUUCCUCAUUGGCCGGCAGAAAAUAGAUGGGAACAGCCGGGAAACGAUACUCAAAGAUGGUGGGUUUAUUUUGUGUUAUAUUUCUAUGCAACAUCCUUAUUAAUGUAUCCUUGAUCGCAGGAACUCUUUAAUGGAUUUUUGCAUUAUAGAUCUUUGUGACUAGUACCAGUUAUUGUAAUGACAAUAACGCCCUUUCUGCAUCAGUUAAUAUACUUUCUAAAUUAUCCAUUUAUAUUGAAGAAAAACAAGAAAUGCAAGUAAGGGGAAGAUAGCACUAACAUUGGUGUUCCAUCACCUUGUAGACCUGGACAACGUUGAAGGGAUCUCUGUGGACUGGAUUGGUAAUAACCUCUACUGGACCAAUGAUGGAUACAGGAAAACUAUUAGUGUGGCCAGACUGGAGAGGGCCUCUCAAACCAGGAAGACUCUUCUGGAGGGGGACAUGUCUCACCCCCGAGCCAUCGUAUUGGACCCCCUCAACAGGUGAGCUCACUGAAGACAAGGCCAAGUCAUACAAUACCUAGAGUAUGUGUUACUAAUGCACUGAUAUGUGCACAUACUGUAUCUAUUCAGGGAUUGAAAUGUACACACAAAAAGAGAAUAUGCACAGCUCUCUAAUCCUAUGUGAUGUUGGUUAUAAAGAAACAAACAAACACCCAGUAAAAGGGUGAGGGAUAUUAUUGUCUUCUCUGGGUGUUACAGUAGAGAAACAUAUAAAGCACACAAUCCUUCUAGCCCCUUUCUGAACUCAAAGCAAUGGCAUUUCCUAGCAAGUAGUGAAGAACAGGUAAUUCCUGGAAAGAGUUGGCUAUUGUCAGCUCUUUGGGUACGCAUGGGAGGUCUGUCUCUGUUUGGACGGCCAUACAGAACUACUAAACCAUGCUGUCACUGACCAUGGAGAUGGAAUUAUUCUAUUUAUGUGUCUUUGACAUACUGAUUCCUUCCCAGAAAUAGCUAGUACAGUAUUGCACUAACCUGAUUCCUCCCACAUUGUCAGGGGGUUUAAUUUAUUUUCUUUGUUAUCAUAACGGAGGAAUAAUCUCUUUAACCACUGACCUUCCCAUUGACAGUUGGCACAUCUUUAUUAAAAUGUUGUUUGGGGUCGUCAGUGAGCAUUGGCCGAUACAUCAGCAGAACCAGAAAUCUUUAUGUGCCCUGCAGGAUGGGUCUCGUCAGGUGAAAUGGCUGUUUUUUAAGAUCCUGUUCUGUUCACCCCAGCUAUAUUUCCCUCUCUGCAUGUCACCUCCAGUCUGUGUUAACAUGAUAGGGAUUCACUUUGCUGACAUACUGUCUCAAUCACUUAUUUUUCUUUAUUUUAAAUGUUCUUUCCCUAUCAGUCUCUCUCUCUCUCGCACAUACACUCUCUUGCACGCAUGCACUCUCGCUCUCUUUUUCUCACACACACACACACACACACACACACACACACACACACACACACACACACACACACACACACACACACACACACAUACACACCCCACACACACAAACACACACAUCCUUUUGCUUUGGAUAUUUGAUUUAGCCAAGCAGUGAAGGCUGUGGUGUGUGUGUUGAAUUAUUCAAUGGGUCAUGAAGAUGACAUGCAGAGAAAGACAGUGCUUGAUUCACCCUCAAUCACAUUCUGUUUUAUGUACCGCAUGUGUAGCGGGCAACUCCAUCAUAGAUGAGACAGAAAAGGGUGUGCAGCCCCGCCAGCAACGCUCAGAGGAUACAAAUCCCUUAAACAUGGUUAUUGGUCACUAGAGACUAGAUCAUGUAAAAUCGUUUACCUAAUCACUUUUCAAAUAUCAGUCCAUUGGGAAUACCUGAGUGAACCCCUGAAAAGCUAUUGAUGCAGACCAGGACCUGGUUUCUGAUGUGAGGGGCUAGUAGAUGGACUUGUGGAUGACUGUAUAUGGUGUAUGUUGAAUUGGGUAGGUUUGAAUCAAUGUUUAUAUUGUGUGUGUUGAAUUUUACAUGUUUGAUGGUAAAAACAGAUUUUAUCCCCAAUUAAUAUGGUCCAUUAGGGCUUCCCCCCCCCCCGUAGACUCAAUUGUAAGGAAUGUAUUAUGUUUGUGAAUUUCAGUUGGAUGUACUGGACGGACUGGGAGGAGGAUGAGGUGAACGACAGCAUAGGAAGGAUAGAAAAAGCGUGGAUGGAUGGAUCUAACAGACAAAUAUUUGUCACAUCUAAUAUGCUGUGGCCCAACGGCCUUACCUUAGACCAUGGGACCAGCACCAUGUACUGGUGUGAUGCCAACUAUGAUCACAUAGAGAAAAUCUACCUCAACGGCACUGGCAGACAAGUGAGUGAAGCUGUACUCUAGCGAGCAAAACUCAUUGAAAUUACAUGAUUAUAGCCAGAUAAUGAUGUAAUUUCAACCAGCUUUUCCCACUGGGAUAUCACCACUGUAGUCUUCAACUAAAAUUGUCAUAGUUAUCUCUGCCAUUUCAGUGGUUUGUCUUCCCUCUGCUCUCUGAGGUCUUUGAGUACUGGUGUGCAGGUUGUGUUCUUUCUUUGAUAACUGGUGUAUCUGAUUACUCAUGCAGGUUGUGUACAAUGGCAAACAGCUGAACCAUCCGUUUGGGAUUUCUCACUACCGGAACUCCAUCUUCUGGACAGAGUACAUGAACGCUUCUGUCUUCCAGCUGGAUCUAACCUCUGGGGACGUUACUCUGCUGAGGAGUGAGAGGCCUCCCCUGUUUGGCCUGCAUGUGUACGAUGCUCAGAGUCAGCAAGGUCUGUCUGACUGCUUUUACUUUCCCAUCCCCCAUCACUAAAGCUUACCUUCGGAGAAUGCAGUCUAUGGAAUCUUAUAUAGCUGUUCCUACAACUUAGCACAAAACCUCCCCCACCAUUACUAAAGCUUGCCUUCACAGAAUGUUAUGGUUAGCCCUGAUGCUUAUAUAUGCAAACUUCAAAAUUUUUUUAACAAUCUAUCUACAAUGGUAUCUUAUAUAGCUGUUAGUAUAAUGAAAACAACAUACUCCAUCGUGGGAAUUAUAUUUCAUGUCAUGGGUAAGUUGUUGGAUAAAUUGACAGUGGCAGCAAUUUUACUUUGAAUUCCAAUCUAUGGAAAUAAAAGAGUGACUCAACAUAGUGCUCCCUGCUGUCUGUGUGGUGGAUGAUGAUAGAUUCCUGUUGUGGGUAGAUGAAUAGAUAACAUCAGAGAGAGAUGCAUGAUGCGCUUUGUUGAUGGUGCAGAACUGUAGGGCCUCUCAGCAGGUAGAACCCUUGUUAUCCUGGUGGUGAAUAACUGUUUAGAGUUUAGACUAAUGUGUGUGUGGAGCAGGGGGAGGCGUGAUUAGGGUCAUCUCCUCUCAGAAACAGAGAGAAGUACCAACACUAAUCAUCUGCUGGGCAAUCAAUGGAUCAAGAUAAGGGGCAUUUUGAGACGAUUCACUGCUUAAGGGCUUUUCAUUUGUGUAAUCAUUUCUAUCGUUUUACAUCAAAAUAAUACAGUUCGUUAGAGUGAUGUAGGACUUUGGUAUGCCAAACAUGUGAUGCAGAGAAAGAGUGAGAGGGAGAAAACGGCUGGCUGUAUAUGAGUUCUAAUUCUCAGCAUGGGUAAAAAAUAUUUUCACUGGCCAUUCCUCCAAAGCUCAUGUCACCAAAGAGAUGAAUUGUCUCUGCUGUCCUCUGAGUUUUACUGAUUGGCUCUCACAAAACAGAAGCCUUUAUCUCAUUGGCUCAGGCACUGCCUUUGGACUUGACACUAAACCAAACAAACAAUGUUCUCCAUGCCUCAACUUUAUAAGUGACAGUUUCUUCACACAAAUUCUGUUUUUUUGUUCUCUCUCCCUUGAGAACGGUUCGUGUUGUCCUAAAAGACAAACUGUUCCCUUGAAAGGAUACAACUGUCAAAUGGCUCAUCUCCACAAUGUCCCCAAUAAUUUGUUUGACAUGUGGUUAUACACUAAAUAUACAAAAGUAUGUGGACACCCCUUCAAAUUAGUGGAUUCGGCUAUUUCAGCCACACCUGUUGCUGACAGGUGUAUAAAAUCAAGCACACAGCCAUGCAAUCUCCAUAGACAAACAUUUGCAGUAGAAUGGCCUUACUAAAGCGCUAAGUGACUUUCAACGUGGCACCGUCAUAGGAUGCCACCUUUCCAACAAGUUUGUCAAAUUUCUGACCUGCUAGAGCUGCCCCAGUCAACUUUAAGUGCUAAGUGGAAACGUCUAGGAGCAACAACGGCUCAGCCACAACGUGGUAGGCCAUACAAGCGCACAGAACGGGAACGCCGAGUGCUGAAGUGCGUAGCACGUCAAAAUCGUCUGUCCUCGGUUGCAAACUGCCUCUGUAAGCAAUGAUUUUGUCGGGAGCUUCAUGAAAUGGGUUUCCAUGGCCAAGCAGCCGUACACAAGCCUAAGAUCACUAUGCGCAAUGCCAAGCGUCGACUGGAGUGGUGUAAAGUUCGCUGCCAUUGGACUCUGGAGCAGUGGAAGCGCGUUCUCUGGAGUGAUGAAUCACGCUUCACCAUCUGGCAGUCCGACGGACAAAUCUGGUUUUGGCGGAUGCCAGGAGAACGCUACCUGCCUGAAUAGAUAGUGCCAACUGUAAAGUUAGGGGGAGGAGGAAUAAUGGUCUGGGGCAGUUUUUCAUGGUUUGGGCUAGGCCCCUUAGUUCCAGUGAAGGGAAAUCUUUAAUGCUACUGACAUUCUAGAUGAUUCUGUGCUUCCAACUUUGUGGCAACAGUUUUUGGAAGGCCCUUUCCUGUUUCAGCAUGACAAUGCCCCCGUGCACAAAGCGAGGUCCAUACAGAAAUGGUUUGUUGAGAUCGGUGUGGAAGAACUUGACAGGCCUGCACAGAGUCCUGACCUCAACCCCAUCGAACACCUUUGGGAUUAAUUUGAACGCCGACUGCGAGCCUAAUUGCCUAACAUAAGUGCCCGACCUCACUAAUGCUCUUGUAGCUGAAUGGAAGCAAGUCCACGCAGCAAUGUUCCAACAUCUAGUGGAAAGCCUUCCCAGAAGAGUGGAGGAUGUUAUAGCAGCAAAGGGGGGACCAACUCCAUAUUAAUGCCCAUGAUUUUGGAAUAAGAUGUUCGAUGAGCAGAUUUCCACAUACCUUUGGUCAUGUAGUGUAGAUUAUGUGUCACCCACCUGGCACAUGCUUCUCAAACAGGAAAUGGCUUUUGUGUUAUGGAGAUAUUUUUAUGUGCGUUUCUUCACAGUUCACAUUGACCUCUGCACAGUUGUUCAUAGAGAGAUGACGACAGACAGAAUAACAAUAGAGACACGUCAAAAUACAAUAAUAAUGCUUUAGAAGAAUAUGAUUUGAGGUAAACAGUGGUAUUAUUUUUUUCCUACUCUGUAUCCUGCUCUGUAUUUCCAGGUGAUAAUGCAUGCAGAGUGAAUUAUGGGGGAUGCGGUACUCUCUGCCUCGCUAUCCCAGGGGGCAGAGUGUGUGCCUGCGCUGACAACCAGCUCCUGGAGAAGAACAAUGUCACCUGCUCAGGUACUGUAAAACCAUGCAGUGAAUCAGCCAGAGCAGUACAUUGCACUGUUGACAAACUAAGAAAUUAACAUUGUUUUCCCUCACCAAUAUUUUUGUGUGAUUUCAGUGUAAAGUAUGCUUUACUUUUCAAUGGACUUCAUUCCACUGUGGUUUAAUUUGUCUCAUGUCUGUUUCUCUGUUAUUAAUGUUAUUUCUCUGUUAUGUCUGUUAAUUAAGUGUCAUCUGGGGUGGUGGAGCCACAGCUCUGUAAGAGCGAUGAGUUUCAGUGUCGUAACCAUCGCUGUAUCCGUGCGUCAUGGAAGUGCGACGGGGAUGAUGACUGUCUGGAUGGGAGUGACGAGGAGACCCCUAGUUGCUGUGUGUAUUUAUCUGCCCCCCCCCCCCCCCCCCCCCCCCCACACACACACACACACACAAACACACACACACAUCACUUAGCAUGCAACAUUGCACACAAUUAUAUUUUCUUGCUAUCAACUUUUAUCUCGCUAAAUGUCAUUGAUAUGAUUCAAAGAUGGUGAAUAUGGCCCCCUUCCCCACUUUUCUUCCCCUCAUCUAUUCGCCUCAGAAGAGAAUUUGCUGUUGAGUUGAUCGAUAAGAUAAACACCAUGUUAGACGCUUGGGUGCUGACUCAUUUCUCACUAUGAAAAAUCCUAUAAUGUAAUCUUCUGCCAGAAUUAUCAGAAUUGCUAAAUCUAUUAUCUGCUCUCCUGGAAUGUCAGCAUGGUUUUUCAAAGGGUUCUCCUAUGGGGACAGCCAAAUAACCCUUUUAGAUUUUAGAUAGCAUCUUUUUUUCUAAUAGUGUAUAACAAGGUUUGAGACAUUCUCUGACCCAAAUUCCUGCUUUGCAUUGCUGUCUGUCAUUCUCUGUGGUUUGUACUGUACCUCUGAUUUUUGUGAGGUCAAGGUUGGACUCUGUAAAUGUCAGAUUUGUAAAUCCUUUAGAAGGCAAAUUCCAUUCCACAAAUACGUUCAACUAGGACAUUUUUAAAACAAAAAACCUUGCUUUGGUAAUAUGAGUGUCUCUGUCUAUCUGUUUCAGUGAACCACAGUUGUCCCAUAGACCAGUUCAAGUGCCUCAACAAUCGCUGCAUCCCUAAGAGAUGGCUGUGUGAUGGAACCAAUGACUGUGGGAACAAUGAGGAUGAGUCCAACACCACAUGUUCAGGUAACUGAUUCUCAGAUCUGCAGUCUAGCAAUUGUGUUAUGUAGUAGAUCUACCUGGCGUUUUCUGAGCUAUGUAAAUAUAUUGAUGUGGUACAUUUCAGUUAUGCAGUUGGACUGUGUAUGGUAAAAAAAAAACGAACCUCUACCCCCUUAAAAACUCUUCAUUGGCAGAUAGGUUUCAGCACUUCAAAGCAUCAAAUAGCAACAUUCCUAGUUGUGUCUUAUGGCACUAAACAGGCCAGCAGCAGUGUGAUCAAUCUCAUGUGAAUGCUCAGAAUCAAAUAAGUUUAGCACUCUCAAGAGGUAACUUUAUCUGCUAUUGAGUUAGUGUCAGAAUCACUUAUGUCUGACCCUGCAGAAGUGUUUGUUUUUCACAAUAACAGAUCUUAGCCUUCCAGGAUCAAUCAAUGGAUAUCAGUGGGGGUGAUUAAUGUUGCCUUGUAAUCAGAUAGACAUGCAUGUUACACAGCACCAACCACCUCGUAUGCUGGUGCUGCUGUCCUUGCAUGUCUGUCUCUGUCAUGGAUAUAGAGUACAUGUGACUGAAAGGUUUGUGUAAGGGCUCCGCUCGUUUCCACCAGACUUGAUAUAUGUGAUAUAUCUGUGAUGGAGAGAUCAAUUUAAGCUCCACAGGCCUGACAUUGACAUGCCAUAUGAUUGAAUGAUCAUUAGGGGGCUGAACACGUCUAGCUUUGACUUGAUACCCAUGUGAUUGAAUUACAAAUGCUCUUCUGUCUUCCAUGUCUCUUUCUCUCUCUCUUUCUCUCCCUCUCUCAGCCCAGGCCUGUCAGCCCAUCCAGUUCUCCUGUCGGAACGGACGCUGUAUCCCCCAGUCCUGGCGCUGCGACCGGGACGACGACUGCGGGGACAUGUCCGAUGAGACAUCCUCCUGUGGUGAGUCAGACUCUGAAUCUGCAUUCUAUGGCACUGAAACCAGUCGAGAAACUUGUAUUUUGUUUUAUACAUCUUCCCCCAUUGACAUCGAUGCAUGAUUUAAAUGAUCGUUAAGUGAGUGAGCAUCUCAAGUUAGGUUUCGGCCCUAAAAGAGUAUUCAUACUGAAAGGACCUUGUAGACCUGUUAACACAAUAGACCACACACUCUCUCUGGGAAGCCACAGUGUAAAGGAAAGUGCAGGGUUUAUAAAUGGCAAGAGAGGCUUUCAAAGAAGAAGAUGUGGCCACUUUUAUGAUGACACUGACAGUUCUGAAGAUUCUAUUGACCACAUCCCCAACCAAAAGGACAUACCGCUGUGAGCUGUAGCUCAAAGGAAAUGGUUCAGUGGAAAAGACAGCUCGGCCUGUAGUGACCUAACUACACCAGAGAAGCCUUAAAAACAUUGCAAAAAAUAUAUAACCUCCUGGUGAGACAACUGAAUGCUAUCUUGGCUAUUUGAACUCUUGAUGUGUGUUAUUGUCUAGUGCACAGCAGCCGGUUGCCUAUAUUUCUCUCAAAGUAUAGCUUAGUGCUUUCCUCGUUCUUACUGGAGAUAAAAUGUUUGGUCUUAGCUCCUAGUUUUUGGGAACUAAAAUCCAAAAUCCACUUGAACAAACAAAUAUCCGCUUGAUCAAACACAGGUUUUUGAAUACCAUUACUGAGCAGACUAUUGGGUUAGCUUUGAGUUGGCAUAGUAUUGGUUGUGAAGGGGUGCAUGAGUGUACCAGUGUGCUUAUUAUUGGUUGACCAGUAGUGCUGUGAAAUAAGAAUAGAGAUAUUAUAACAUGUCCUUGGCAUCUGACACUGGCAUCUGUUUUCAUGCGGUUUCCCCUAAAUCUAAUUUUUUGACAAGAAUGUCCGUUAGAGACAUUUCUUAAUUUACUAGGUCCUUGAAUACUUUCUUGUCUCUCUUGUUUCUCUCACUUACUUCAUUCAUGUAAGAAGUGAGUUUUAGCAGUUAAAUUAUUGAAUAGCCGUGAGUCCUCUGGGCCAGGAGCUCAGCAUUCACUAACUCACUGUUCUAACUUACAAUUAGAAAGUUGCUGCCAAAUAAGACAUAGCAUAAUUUUUUAUUAUUGCAGAAUUACAGGAUCUAUCAAGACGGAUAUCAAACUAAGUUUUAGUACAUGUCAUUUUAAUGACCUAACAGUUUAUUUAGUUUUCAUAUGUUAGACUUUAUUUCUGUAUGGUACUCUGUUCAAAUCUGGCAACUAUACUUUUGUGACUCGUUCAGAGGGAACUUUCCUGGCCAUAAAUUCUGUAUUUAGUGAUGUGAGGUAGAAAUAGUAUUACUCAAAAAGUGCAAAAGAGGGGGGGGGGGACAUCUUUAACCUCUUUGAUGUUAAGUCCCCUAUUAAGGAGACUUUGAGAGGUUCUGGACUGGCUCCGACUGACAUUUUGGUGUACAAAGCGCUCUGUGAACGUCACUUCACAACCCACAUUUGCAUAGAGAGUGACGUGUAACAUUUCCUGGUCUAUCCAGACAGCGAAUCGAUUUGCUCUCCCACAGAUCGAUGGAGCCCAGCAUAGAGAUGGCAUAAGGACUUGUGGUCCUCUGUAGCUCAGCUGGUAGAGCACGGCGCUUGUAACGCCAAGGUAGUGGGUUCGAUCCCCGGGACCACCCAUACACAAAAAUGUAUGCACGCAUGACUGUAAGUCGCUUUGGAUAAAAGCGUCUGCUAAAUGGCAUAUUAUUAUUAUUAUAUGAAAGGGGACAGUCUAGCAAUUUCAACAAUCGUGGUCUCAUCUCGCUCUGAUAUUCUCAGCGAGAUUUAGAGUUCUCAACAUGAAAAAAUACUAAAUCACUUUGUAUAAUUGAAACACAACCACUUUCUGUUGGUCACAGAGGGAUGCAAUCACUUUGUGCGUAAAACUGAAGUUCUAACGUGUCUGCGAACAUUCGAAUGGUGUCUCUGCAUCGCUCAGAGGAGGCUUGGCAGAAAAUGCUCUAUCGUCAGUUAUAUGAAAUGGGGCCACAUUUCUACUGUCACUUAAUACACUACAUUGCAUCCUAUGACAGUGUCAUGUUGAAUGUCACUGAGCUCUUCAGUAUGGGCUAUUCUACUGCCAAUGUUUGUCUAUGGAGAUUGCAUGGCUGUGUGCUCAAUUUUAUACACCUGUCAGCAAAGGGUGUGGCUUAAAUAGCUGAAUCCACCAAUUUGAAGGGGGGUCCACAUACAUUUGUAUAUAUAGUGUAUAUCAAGAUGAUAAAUUAUUCACAGAAUUGUGGUAAGAAUGUGCUCAAAAAGCUUUGCAGUGUAUGAUCAUAUGUAUUUACAGUUAUAAGAAAGAUGAAAUCGCACAGUAAGCCAUUGAUAAUUUUAUUGUUACUAUAUUUAGGAAGCAUUUCAGUCAUUUCAAGCCCUAUUCCCCAACUUUUGUUUAUAUUUUCAUAUUUUCAUAAUAUUUGUACUACAUAUUUGAGCUUAUAUCCUCAAGUGUGAGUACACCUCAGCAAUGUAUAACUCUUUUUACCAGAAAGGUGAGUUUCAGUCCUUUCUAGAACUAUGCAGCAUUUCUAGAUAUUGUUUAUGGGCAUCUCAUGAAAAUGAAUUACUCUUGGGUAUGUCUAUUUAGGUGGAAAUCUACAUUUUUCCGUAACGUUCAACCUCCCAUCCCUUCACUGUAUGUGGUAAGGAUGGCACAUAGUAGUCUCUGAUGAUCAGUGCCAGGCACUGCAUAGUGUUGUAUCGUCUCCGACUCUCUUUUGUGUGCCUACUAAGCUACUUCAGUACACAGUCACAAACAGCCAGGGUGUAAGCUGUAAUUAAAGUUUGUGCUCGGCUUCAUUCAAUCAUAAUCAAGCUGUGCUGCAAAACAAAUUCUCUCCCAUACUGUUGUUUGAGGUUCCUCAGGCAUUACUGCUCUGUAGGAUUUCCCACAGAGUCUCUGGCAGCUCAAUUUGCUCCACUGCAGCGAUGGUGGGUUUUAAACACCUGAAGCUCCACACGUCGUGGUGCCGCUGCCAUUUGAGAUGGAUGCUCAUUUGAAUUUUGUUUGCUAGAAGUAUGGUAGUUGUCACCCUGUAUGUUGAACCCAGAACCUCCCCUCCAUCGACUAGACUGAGAAACUAACUAGACAUUAUUUAUGCAUGUUAAUAUUUAUUUUUAAUGAGUGUUAAAUCUCAACCAGACGGUCGCUGUCGAAGUUAACUAAAAUCUAGAAGACGUGUGUGACAAACAUUCACUAUGUCCUAGCUAAUGCCCUAGGUGUCUGUAGCAGUAGGGAUUCCAAAUAAUCAAUUAAAAUGCAGUCUCUGAGUUCAAACCAAAGUCAAUAACGCUCCUGGCCUCCAAUGGAAAUAUCUCAGAAAGUGUUUUACAUGUGAUGGAAAUACAAAUGCAGAUCACAAGUGUUUAGGUGUUGUCCACAUCCAUAUGCCCAGAUUCACGUUGACACUAUUAGUGGGUGGAAUAUUUAGCCACCAGUACCAUCAGCAGCAGUUAGAGAAAUUGAGCAGUGGUGUCUCUUUGACCACACUGGAAGAAGUAAGGAGCAGAUAUUGGUUAAUUACAGAGGUGUUAAUUGGUUUUGAGCAGGCAUCUAGCAGAGUCACUGUCUGUCAAAGCAGCACUAGCUGGUGUGUUUAGGUGCUUAACUCCCAAUGGGAAAACUGUUUGUUGUUGUGCUGCCACUGCUGCUCUCUGUCAUCAAUCAAGGCAGCGAUUAUUUCUCUACAUUAUUUUGGAUUAACCAAAGGCAAACAUCUGGAGACGUAUCAUGUUUGUCUCUGUCUCCAAUUCAAUUUGGUAUUUCAUGUUUUUGUCUUAAAGCCUGAAUCCGUAUUUUUUGCAGAUCUCAUUGAUCAGACUUAAUUAUGAGUUUUGAUCAGUUUGAAUGUGAUUUGAAGCAUUUCUUAGAAUCCUAGAUUUUCUACCUGAAAACAAGCAUCAUAGUUUAUUUUCUAACAAAUACAGUACACAUAAUGACCUUUCCAAAAGGUGCAUGCAAAUUAAGGGUGCCAUUUACAACAGCCACACUUGCAUGCAACACCUCCAGUAUUAGAAUAUUUGUUAGCCAUAUUUCCAUGAAUUUCAAUGUGUUUAGCAUAACAUUCAGUGUUGUGUUGAGGUAGCUCUUUUUAACUUGCUUGGGAAUUUAUUUCAACCUGCAACACACAUAUAAUAGGGGUUAGUACAGGGCUUGUCUUAAGGGUGUGCUAUUGACUACACACAAAGCAAGAUAUACUGUUGAGAAAUGAGUUGGAAUGGAGUGUUUGUAAGGAGUUUUAGACCUAAUGUAUUUUCAGAAUAAAUGUGGCCAUAUGGGUUUGGGCUUUAAAUAACUGUAGUUGACUGUCUCUUUGCUUUUAUGUCUACAGCAUUGCCGACCUGUGAACCCCUCACCCAGUUCAGCUGUUCCAAUGGGAGAUGCAUCAGUGUCAAGUGGCAUUGUGAUUCAGGUACUUUCCUACUGAAAACCUACAGCAGUGUUUCCUCAAUGACCAUCUUUGAGAAUCUGGUAUGAUUGUAAAGGGCUUCAACAAAAAUAUACAACUUUGAGGUCAGAAUACUCGAGGACAGGAGUUGAAAAACACUGAGCUACUGUACAUUUCACAUUUCACAUGCACCUUGUAUAACCCACAACCUUGAAAUCAACCACAAUCUCCUUAUAUAACGAAAGUGGUUCGGAAAACCACACUCAUCCCACUGGGCGCACCACGUACUUUCAACAUGGAUAUUUGGGUAAUAUUUGGUUGAGACGUUGAUCAAUGAGAUUUCAUCCUUUAUUCACCCAAUCAAAAAGACAGCCAGAAGUUUGUUGAAUUCUCAAUGUGUUAUCACUAUGCUUUCAACCAUCUAAAAGCACAACCAAAUUCCAAUGGAAAAACAAUGUCCGAUUGUUUUAGUUGUCAUCUAAAUGUGUUAUCACUGGCGCGCUGUCAAGCAUUUGAGAGCACAAAAGGUUAAAAUGGGAAUACAAUAUCAGAUAUAUGUAUUUGAUAUUCAUACAACAACUUUAUGUGUAAUCUGUGCUUCAUCUAAUAGCACAACCAAAUGUCCUGGAUUGCAGUUGAGAUUACAGUAGAAGUACAUAGUGCAACUGAUCAAUGCUGUUCGAGAUUCUGCACAGAUUAUUUUAGCAAUUGUAUUUGUUUUGGAUUUAUUAUGGACCCCCAUUAGCUGCUGCCAAGGGGUCCAGCAAAAUGAAGGCAGUUAUACAUUUUAAAUACAUUCAUAACAGAUUUCACAACAUAUUAAGUGUCUGCCCUCAGGCCUCUACUCUACUACCACAUAUCUAUAACACAAAAUGUGUGCGUAUGUUAUCGUGUGUUUGUAUGCAUGUGUCUAUGUUUGUGUUGCUUCACAAUCCCCGCUGUUCCAUAAGGUUUAUUUGUAUCUGUUUUUUAAAUCUAAUUUUACUGCUGGCAUGAGUUACUUGAUGUGGAAUAGAGUUCCAUGUGAUCAUGGCUCUAUGUAGUACUGUGCGCCUCCCAUAGUCUGUUCUUGACUUGGGGACUGUGAAGAGACCUCUGGUGGCAUGUCUUGUGGGGUAUGCAUGGGAGAUUGACUUCAUCACUGCUUUUUUUUGUAAGAGGUGUUGAGAUGUUGAAUGCACCGAGCGGUCUGUUUGAACUACUGGCUCACAGCUCGGUGCAUUCAACAUGUCAACACCUCUUACAAAAAAAAAGCAGUGAUGAAGUCAAUCUCUCUUCCACUCUGAGCCAGGAGAUAUUGACAUGCAUAUUAUUAAUGUUAGUUCUUUGUGUACAUCCAAGGGCCAGCCGUGCUGCCCUGUUCAGAGCCAAUUGCAAUUUUCCUAAGUCGCUUUUUGUGGCACCUGACCACACGACUGAACAGUAGUCCAGGUGCGACAAAACUAGGGCCUGUAGGACCUGCCUUGUUGAUAGUGCUGUUAAGAAUGCAGAGCAGAGCUUUAUUAUAGGCAGACUGUUGUAUCAAUAUGUUUUGACCAUGACAGUUUAGAAUCCAGGGUUACUCCAAGCAAUUUAGUCUCCUCAACUUGCUCAAUUUCCACAUUAUUCAUUACAAGAUUUAGUUGAGGUUUAGGGUUUAGUGAAUGAUUUGUCCUGAUUCUACCUGGAUUUUGUUGGAGAGGCUUCCAUUAAAGAACACCCUCUGUGUUCUGUUAGACAGGUAACUCUUUAUCCACAAUAUAGCUGGGGGUGUAAAGCCAUAACACAUCUGUUUUUCCAGCAACAAACUAUGAUCGAUAAUGUCAAAAGCCGCACUGAAGUCUAACAAAACAGUCCCCACAAUCGUUUUAUCAUGAAUUUCUCUCAGCCAAUCAUCAGUCAUUUGUGUAAGUGCUGUGCCUGUUGAAUAUCCUUCCCUAUACGCGUGCUGAAAGUUUGUUGUCAAUUUGUUUACUGUAAAAUAGCAUGUUAUCUGGUCAAACACAAUUUUUUCCAAAAGUUUACUAAGGGUUGGUAACAGGCUGAUUGGUCGGCUAUUUGAGCCAGUUAAGGGGGCUUUAAUAUUCUUAGGUAGGGGAAUAACUUUUGCUUCCCUCCAGGCCUGGGGGCACACACUUUCUAGUAGGCUUAAAUUGAAGAUAUGGCAAAUAGGAGUGGCAAUAUCGUCCGCUAUUAUCCUCAGUAAUUUUCCAUCCAAGUUGUCAGACCCCGGUGGCUUGUCAUUGUUGAUCGACAAUAAUACAUUUUCACCUCUUCCACACUUACUUUACGGAAUUCAAAAUAAAAAUUAUUGUCUUUCAUAAUUUGGUCAGAUAUACUUGGAUGUGUAGUGUCAGCAUUUGUUGCUGGCACAUCAUGCCUAAGUUUUCUAAUGUUGCCAAUGAAAAUAUCAUGAAAGUAGUUGGCAAUAUCAUUGGAUUUUGUGAUGAAUGAGCCAUCUGAUUCAAUGAAUGAUGGAGCGGAGUUUGCCUGUGACCUGCGAUCUUUGCAUGCUAUCUUGAACAUGCACACUUCCUAUGAUUACAUAAGAAGAAAUGUAUAGUUACAGUAAGCGAGCCUUAACUUUAGGCUAAUAACUGUAUUACAAUAGUCAUAUUGAAUUGUGUUUGGUUGCCUUCAGAACGUAUUCACACCCCUUUACUUUUUCCACAUUUUGUUGUGUUACAGCCUGAAUUUAAAAUGGAUUAAAUUGAAAUUUUGUGUCACUGGCUUACACACACACACACACAAAAAAAAAAGAGAACCUGUACAGAAUAAAAAAUAUUCCAAAACAUCCUGUUUGCAAUAAAAUAAUGUGGUAAAGAAAGUAACAUUAUGUCCUGAAUACAAAGUGUUAUGUUUGGGGCAAAUCUAACACAACACAUUACUGAGUAACACUCUUCAUAUUUUCAAUCAUGGUGGUGACUGCAUCAUGUUAUGGGUAUGUUUGUGAAGGACUAGGUAGUUUUUUAGGAUAAAAAUAAAUGGAAUAGAGCUAAACACAGCCAAAUCCUAGAGGAAAAUCUUGUUCAAUCUACUUUCCAACAGAAACUGGAAGACAAAUUCAACUUUCAGCAAGACAAUAACCUAAAACAGAAGGCCAAAUAUACGGUACACUGGUUGCUUACCAAGUUAUAGUUUUGACUUAAAUCGGCUUGAAAAUCUAUGGCAAGACUUGAAAAUGGCUAUCUAGCAAUGAUCAACAACCAAUUUGACAGAGCUUGAAGAAUUUUACAAGUAAUCAUGUGCAAAUAUUGUACAAUCCAGGUGUAAUCGCUGCCUAAGGUGAUUCUAACAUAUAUUGACUCAGGCGUGUGAAUACUUAUGUAAAUUAGAUAUUUCUGUAUUUCAUUUUCAAUAAAUGUGCAAACAUUUCUAAAAACAUGUUUUCACGUUGUCUUUAUGGGGUAUUGUGUGUAGAUGGGUAAUACAAUUUUUUUUAUCCAUUUUGAAUUCAGGCUGUAACACAACAAAAUGUGGAAUAGGUCAAGGGGUAUGAAUACUUUCUGAAGGCACUGUAUCUAAUGCUUGGAUAGUUUCAUCUGAGGCACUGGCUUAAUUUUAUUAAUUUGAUAACUUGUCAACGCAACUAAAUAUCAACAUUUGUAGGAGAUAUAUUCUGUGCCACUGACUUGCUCUGGCUUUAAAUCCAGUUUGUCUACAAAUUAAUCAUUGAUAUGUUGGAUUCACGUCUCCAUCUCAACCAAAAAUCUAAGUUCACGAAUAGGACUUCAUCAAAUCAAACUUCAUUUAAAGUGCAUCGAAAGUUUGAUUUGAUUUCAGUGGAGUGUAUUUAUGGUUGCCAAGGGAAGCCAGGCAUUCUCCAAAAAUUUACCAAUAUUAUUAUUUUUUAAACAUACACAAUCAUUUGUCUUUAAUCUCUCUGUGUUUCAUACAUUUCCUUCAAUUCGCAAGAGGCUGAAUGUAUCUCACCGGAGAAAGCAUCCGAGUGAACUAAACAGCGCCCCUCUGUCUCAGUAUCUGUAGCGUAUCUAGGCUAUCUGAUGCUGUCGGGUCAGAAAGAGUAGGACAUUGUUGCCGUAGCAUUGAAUGCAAGGGAAGCCAGCGAGCAUUUGGCCUCCCUUGAUAAAAAAUAUGUAAAAUAAUAUCCAAACAGCAUUGAGCUAAGCUGUGAAUGGUCCUGGCGUACCAAAAAAAAGUAUCCAGGGGAAGCCAGUUUGGAUUUGACUUCAGACCAAUCACAUCAUAAGCCAAAUGUCAUUAUUGACAGAAAAAAAGUGUAAUUCUUGUUUCUCAUUGUGUUGUUGUCCUCCGGUUGCUAGCUAGCUAGCUAAAAUAGUCCCUUUCCUAAAUUAGCCAUGGAUGGAGAUAGGGAUUUGGACUUGUGCUUUUACUUACUUCUCCAUACUGGCCAAUGAUUAUAACGGCAAUUCUGAUCCAACCAUAAAUUCAAACAUUGUGCGCCUGGCCUGAGAGGAUGGAAGUUCAACAUGUAGCUAGAUGUAGUAAUGUUAAUUAGCUGGCCUGGUGCAUCGUUGCCCAUGAAGGGAAGUUAGGCUAGCAAGCAAGUAUUUUAGCCAGGUAGCCUAGGACAACAAAAACUAAAAGCAUAUACUCUCAUAGACCGUUUAGGCAACAUGAAAGAGGAGAAUGGCAUUGGCGUUUCUCUACAAGUAGGGUGAGUCGACAUGUUUUUUCUACUUGCACGCACGCACACACUACACACACACAGAAAUCAGUACCAUGGACAGUCACAUCAUAUUUAGCUUACGUUGAUUGGACUAAAUCGUUUUUGGUAUCUUUUAGUUGUCACUGUAUUAGACUAAGCAUAGGUGAUUAGAUGGUGUUGAAAUGUUGAAGUUGAAAUGGUGCUGGAAUAGUGGAGGCAGCUCUUGUUUUCUUUGUGACUUGCGGUAACUCUCUGUGGUUCUAAAUCAAUAGUUGUUUAGUAGUCCGAAAAUGUCGGAAACAUUACCUUGCUUGACCAUGUUGUAGGUCAUGUAACUGUUUGUAAUAUGGCUUUUUUUAUGGAUUGGCUUCCCCAGUGAUUUUACCUACGCACCGCUACUUAUUGAUUUAUUGCCAUUUUUUAACUUAGAUUUUUGGUUGAGAUGGUGAUGUGAAUCCAACAUAUCAAUUAUUAAUUUGUAGACAAACUGGAAUUAAAGCCAAAAUAAGUACAUCUCCUACAAAUGUUGAUACUUGGUUGUGUUGACAACCAAACACAAUUCAAUAACCAGUUUGUCUACAAAUUAAUAAUUGAUGUUGGAUUUUUUUUAUCCAUCUCAACCAAAAAUUGAAGUUAAAGAAUAGGACUAAAUCAAAUCAAACUUUAAAUGCACUUUACAUAGAGUUUGAUUUGAUUUACUCCUAUUCUUUAACUUUAACUUUUGGUUGAGAUGGAGACAUGAAUCCAACAUUUCAACUUCAGUUGAACCCUGGGUUGAAUUGAAACAAUAGCUGUUGAUGACUUCACAAAUGCUAUAUACUGUAGGCCUAAAUAGUAUAAUUGAUGAUAGAUUACUUAUAAAUUAUGGUUACAUUUAAUUUGCUCUGGUAGACCUACCCUUUGGAAUGACUUCGCGACAGUGAAUCUAUUUUGUUAUUAAGUGGAGCUCUCUCAAUAAUCAUUCUCACAAUUGCACAUGGUAAUAGUCAGUGAGAAAUAUCAAAGCUAAGCAGGGCUGAACUUGUUUAAAACCCUGGAUAGGAGACCAACGGAAUAACUGUAGAUAUAUCAACUCUCCAGUAAGAGGUGCUGCCCAUCCUAUCAUUUAUUUUUUCUGAUAGUAGAUAUAACGUUGAAAGGUCCAAAUUCAACAUAUUUUAUACACGGUUUGUCUAUGUUGAAAAUUGGUUACCAUGAUGACAUAAUCCUGUGGUUGAACAUUCACCCUCAAAACAUGUUGAUUACUUUUUUUCAAAUCCAAUGUAUUUCCCACGUCUCAAUACUUUGACAAAUUAAAAUUGAAACAACGUUGAUUCAACCAGUUUGUGCCCAGUUGGAUGUGACGAGUACGGUAACAUUGCCUGAUACGUGAAGACUUCUGUGACCUCCCCAAGCGAAUGCAUAGGCUUUAGCUCAGCAUGCUAACACAUUCUUAUGACAUGAAGGAGUCAAACCUAGUCAGUCACAUUUGCUAUUUUUUUCUCUGUGUCCCCAGAUGAUGACUGUGGAGAUGGUAGUGAUGAGGUGAGUUGUGUCCACUCCUGCUCCAACACCCAGUUCCAGUGCUCCAGUGGGAGAUGUAUUCCAGACCACUGGGCCUGCGAUGGGGACAAUGACUGUGGAGACUUCAGUGACGAGAACACCACCUGUGGAGGGUCUGAAGCUGGUGAGAGAAACCAUGCUGUUAUUUGUAAUUCCUGUAUCAUAGCACUUUUUGUUAGCAAUUACAAGAUUAUGUGCCCACAAUUAAGAAAAAACAUGCUGCUCAUACUAUUACCAUGAAUUCAUAAUGCAAAUUGACCUUCAUAAGUGAUAGUGUCAUCCCUCAUUUUGAACUUUGCACUAAGUAUCAUGUUAACUAUCCCAACAUCGUGGGUAGAUGCUUUCAAGGCGGGCUAACUACUCUUCAUCAUUACUGCACAUGCAGCAAUGAGCGUAACUAUUAAUAAUUCAAUUGGCAUUUAAAUCAGUAGAAAGAAAAAAGAAAAGAUAAUGAGUUCAAAGUAACUAUUAAUUGGGCUGGUCUAAUGUCCUUAAGUCUUCAUCCUCCUCUCUCAGCUCUCGCUCUGCUGAUCUAAUCGCAUCUACUGUUCACAAGAGUACAACAUCAAGAUUUGAAUCUUUUAAUCGGUUAUAAUUACCUCAGAAAGCUGAGCCGAGCCCGGGCGGCUGAAAUACUCACAGCUCACUACCUUGUCACUAGAAUGAGGAAGCUAUUCAUCAAACCGUAUCCUGAUGUCCAGCCCCAGCUCCAGACUUUUCCUUUCUACUCUAAUACAGUGUAGUGUUGUUGUGUUGUGGUCCACCGCUGGUGUUACAGCUCUGGCUCGGCAGGCCCUGACUGUUAUGGAAAUACUUCUGAUCUCUGAUUUCAGAUUUUUUCUUUUUUUCUUGGCAAUGUGGAAAUGGUUACGUUGAAUACAGUUGGUCUUGUAACUACCUAGCAUGAUUAAAAAUAACAUUUGAACGAUCAAUCAUACAUAUAAUUUAACCAUAGCUUUGAAUGGAAUAGCAUAGAAUAGAAUAUACAUAACACGAUAUUGUCAAAAGUUUGCCCACUGUUAACCAAUUUUCGCAUUCACAGAAGGAUUAUGUUUAAGUGAUAAUGCCCGAGAGGCCGGUGUUUGGAGGAUAUAUUGGCACGGGUGUUGUUAGGCCCGAGACGAAGUUGAGGGCUGGCAAACCGUGCCAAUAUAUCUUCCAAACACCAGCUUCGAGGGCAUUAUCACUUUUAUACAGUGGGUUACCAACAUAUUAAAAUAAUGAUUGACAUAUUUUCAUAAAAACAUUUAUUUUGAUGAAUUUAUUCAUACUAUUUAAUCCUUCCACAAAAUAUAGUCCCGACACAAAUCUAGGGUUGCUAACCAAGCCGGCUGGUCGUUCAUUCUAUUGGUUCGGUUGCCAGAGAUGCGACCCACUUGUUCAGUCUUUUUGUUCUGUAUCUAUGGACGCAACCCAGUCGUUCGUUCUAAAUGAUUUAUUGCAAUACUGGCUGGCAACGUUCUUAUCCCUUGCUUGCUAGCUAGCCAACGACGGCUAACUUACAGUCACGUCAAACAGUGCAGCCAGAACAACAGCAAAGUAGCUGCAUUUGUUUAAGCUGUUUUCUAGUGACAUUUAUUUGGAUACAUCCAUAACAAUGAGCUAAUGAUGCACGAUUUCACCUGGCAUAGAAAAUAUGCUCUCUCGUCAGGACUCUGUUGUUAAGAGGAGCUAGCCAACAACACAGCUAACACAAUCACUUCAAACUGAAGCUGGAAAGACAGCAAAUGAGGGUACAUUUCAUUUAGUUUGACCUGUUUUCUAUUGACAUCUCUUUGUAUAUAUCCAUAAAAUAUAUGCUGAUUCAUGAUUUCGAUUGGCUGAGAAAAGCUGCCAGCUUGUCUGUCUCAUCCCGACUCCCGACAUGUUUGUUACUAUGGGACAGCUGGAGAUCGAAUUUCAAUAUCAAAACAAUGUUGCAAAUGUCGGAGAGACAGACAGCAAAGUUUAUACAAAUCUCCGCUGUUGAAAAUCAAAUGCUAGUCUUAAAGAAAUAGGAUAUAAUGCCUAGAUGCUUUUUAUAGUGGAGAUCAAGUUUAUAAAUUGCCUGGCUGGGCUGAUGAGACAGUGGAUUGCGCAGUAAGAUGGAACAGAGUAACUAGACAUUUCAACGUCAAAGCUUUAGCCGGUGGUAACUUGUAGAAUAGACACAGGUUGGAAUGAGGCUUUAACCAAUCAGCAUCCAGGAUUAGACCCACCCGUUGUAUAAUUAUUGAUCUAUUUUUCCCUUGCAGCGUUGCCUCCUGUGAUAGAGUGCAGUGGGGAUGAGUUCCACUGUACGGCAGACGGUACGUGUAUCCCAGAGCGCUGGAGGUGUGAUGGGGACAAAGACUGCGAGGACGGUGGUGACGAGGUGGCCUGUGAGGGCACCAAGAGGAUGUGUGACCCCAAGGCCAAGUUCACAUGCAAAGACACAGGUAGGAUAGAGACUUCUCUCUCAGUAAUCGGAACCCAGAACCAAAACUUCCUAGCUAACUCGGUUUGCCUAAGAAAAUAUUUUGUCUGAUGGUAGUGUACGAUCUUUGACAAUUACAUUAAUGAUAAACUAGAAGCAAAGUUAAAAGGAUGCCAUUGACCAACAUCAAAUAGCAGAGCAAGAAACAUGUUUAAUACACAUAUAAACUCUAGCCUCACCAACUCUCUAUUUAGUACGUCAUGGAAAUUGCAUAGAUUUUAUAGUACCAUCUCUUUCCUCCAGCAAAACACGAGGAAAAUAAUGUCGCUGGGAUGUAUAGUGGCCGCUUUGCGGGCUCCUGACCAAUUCUGCUAUUUUGUGUUUUUUUGCGCUGAUUUUAACUUUUUUGUACAUAAUGUUUCUGCCAUCGUUUACUAUGAACAAAAAAUAGCUCCUGGACAUUAGAACAGUGAUCACUAAACUCAAUGAAGAUUUCUACUUCAAUGAGUCAGCGGCGAAGGACAUAAUGCUCAACCCAGACCAGGCCCUAAUCCCUGACACUUGGAAGAGAAAGAGACCGCUAUAUAGAGGCCGACGUGUGGGGACCCUGAUGAAACUACAGCGGCGAGUAAAUGAACCACCUCUACCCUCUGUUCUAUUGGUGAAUACACAAUCACUGGAGAACAAACUAGACGAGCUCCGUUCAAGACUGUCCUAUCAACGGGAUCUGAAUAACUGUAAUAUCCUAUGUUCCUCGGAAACUUGGCUGAAUAAGGACAUGGAUAAUAUUCUAGCUGGUUUUUCUAUAUAAUAAUAAAUAAUAUGCCAUUUAGUAGACGCUUUUAUCCAAAGCGACUUACAGUCAUGCAUCGGCAGGACAGAACGGCAGCGUCGGAUAAGCUCAAGGGGGGUGGUGUGUGUCUCUUUGUUAACAACAGCUGGUGCGCAAUCACUAAUAUUAAGAACAUCUCAAGGUUCUGUUCACCUGAGUUAGAAUACCUCAUGAGAAGCUGUAGACCAUGCUAUUUACCGAGUGAGUUUUCAUCUAUAUUUUUCGUAGCUGUCUAUUACCACCAAAAAACGAUGCUGGCACAAAGACGGCACUCAGCGAGCUGUAUAGGGCCAUAAUCAAACAAGAAAAUGCUCAUCCAGAGGCGACGCUACUAGUGGCUGGUGAUUUUAAUGGAGGAAAACUGAAAUCCGUUUUACCAGUAUGUCACCUGUGCAACUAGAAGCGAAAAAACUCUAGAUCCACACAGACGCAUACAAAACUCUUCCUCACCCUCCAUUUGGCAAAUCUGACCAUAACUCUAUUAUCCUUAUUCCUGCUUAGAAGCAAAAACUCAAACAAGAAGUACCAGUGACGUGCUCAAUACGGAAGUGGUCCGAUGAAGUAGAUGCUAAGCUACAGGACUGUUUCGCUAGCACAGUGGAAUAUGUUCCGGGACUCAUCCGAUGGUAUUGAGGAGUUUACUACAUCAGUCACCGGUUGAAUUAAUAAGUGCAUCGCAGUGACCGUACGUCCAGUGUACACAUCCCAACCAGAAGCCAUGUAUUACAGGCAACAUCUGCACUGAGAUAAAGGCUAGAGCUUAAGCUUUCAAGGAGCGGGACACUAACCUGGAUGCGUAUAAGAAAUCCCGCUAUGCCCUCCGACGAACCAUCAAACAGGCAAAGCGUCAAUACAAGACUAAGAUCAAAUCUUACUACAUCAGCUGUGACGUGCAGAGGAUGUGGCAGGGUUUGCAAACUAUCACAGAUUACAAAGGGAAACCCAGCCACGAGCUGCCCAGUGACGCGAGCCUACCAGAUGAGCUGAAUGCCUUUUAUGCUCACUUCGAGGCAAGCAACACUGAACCAUGCGUGAGAGCACUAGCUGUUCAAGACUGUGUAAUCACACUUUCCGCAGCCGAUGUGAGUAAGACCUUUAAACAGGUUAACAUUCACAAGGUCGCUGGGCAAGACGGAUUACCAGGACGUGUACUCAGAGCAUGCACUGACCAGCUGGCAAGUGUCUUCAAUGAUAUUUUCAACCUCUCCUCACCCAGUUUGCAGAACACCAUUGUCUCUGUGCCCAAGAACGCCAAGGUAACCUGACUAAAUAAAUAUCGCCCCAUAGUGCUCACAUCUGUAGCCAUGGAAUGCUUUGAAAGGCUGGUCAUGGCUCACAUCAAAACCAUCAUCUCAUACACCCUGGACCCACUCCAAAUCACAUACCGCCCCACCAGAUCCAGAGAUGAUGCAAUCUCUAUUGCACUCCACACUGCCCUUUCCCACUUGGACAAAAGGAACACCUACGUGAUAAUGCUGUUCAUUGACUACAGCUCAGCAUUCAACACCAUAGUGCCCUCCAAGCUCACCACUAAGCUAAGGACCCUGGGACUGAACACCGCCCUCUGCAACUGGAUCCUGGACUUCCUGACGGGAAGCCCCCAGGUGGUGAGGGCAGUCGACAACACAUCUGCCACGCUGACCCUGAACACUGGGCCCCCUCAGGGGUGCGUGCUUAGUCCCCUCUUGUACUCCCUGUUCACCCACGACAUCGUGGCCACGCAAGACUCCAACACCAUCAUUAUGUUUGCCGACAACACAACGGUGGUAGGCCUGAUCACCGACAAUGAUGAGACAGCCUAUAGGGAGGAGGUCAGAGACCUGGCAUUGUGGUGCCAGGACAACAACCUCUCCCUCAACAUCAGCAAGACAAAGGAGUUGAUCGUGGACUACAGGAAACAGAGGGCCGAGCACGCCCCCAUUCACAUCAACAGGGCUGUAAUGGAGCGGGUCGAGAGCUUCAAGUUGCCCUUCCCCCUCACGAGGCUGAAAAUAUUCAACAGCUUCUACCCCCAAGCCAUAAGACUGCUAAAUAGUUAGUUAAAUAGUUAACCAAAUAGCUACCCGAACUAUCUGCAUUGAUCCUUUUUGCACUAACUUUCUUUGACUCAUCACAUACGCUGCUGCUACUCUUUACUAUCUGUCACUCUGUCACUUUAUUCCUAGUUACAGUAUAUGUAUGUACAUAUCUUCUUCAAUGACCUCGUACCCCUACACAUCGACUCAGUACUGGUACCCUUGUAAAUAGCCAAGUUAUCGUUACUCAUUGUGUAUCUAUUAUUGCUUUUAUUAUUAGGUGUUUUACUUUUCUAUUAUUUCUCUAUUUUUUUUCUCUCUGCAGUGUUGGGAAGGGCCGUAAGUAAGCAUUUCACUGUUAGUCCACACCUGUUGUUUACUAAGCAUGUGAUUAAUAAAAUGUUAUAUGAAAUUUGAUUUGAAGUGCAACAGAGGUGAAUCCAGCUUUGAUCGCAGGCCUCUAAAUUAGGAUGCUCUGUAAUCCAGGCUUCACACAGUUAAUUAACGAUGAUACUGUAAAUUCUGGCAUAUCUGUGCCUCUAUCCCCUGCAGUUAUUACACCGGCUCUGGCUGCGUCUUUGUAACACACAUGGCGAGCAAGGGGAAUUUGAGAUUAUCCCUGGUAGCAGGUAUCAGGAGGCUGUGUUGAUCUAGCUGUGGAUUUUCACAUGAUGUGAAGCAUUUAACUCACCACUGUGGCUGUACCUUUCUGUUGAUGGACGAAGAUUGAUUUUUGACACCUCAAAAUAUCUCAGUAUUGCAUUACAUCAUGUAAUGUAGUACUGUAUGUUCUAGUCUAAACUCAUGAUACAGUAUACUGUGUGUAUUUUACAGUCUUUGUAGACUGCAAUCACCUCAUUCUGUGGAAAAGAUUAUGAUAUGUAUCAUGCUAUGCCUAAAAUUGCAUUCAGGCUGUUGGUAUCAAUUCUUUAUUCGUGAUUUAGAUGUCAAAUAGCUUUUUUUCAAAGUGCCUGAGAGAUUAUUCACCAAGUUUAUUACAGAAGCUUGAAGUUCACUGUGUGGUUAUGUUGAUUGGUUCCUCUUCAGCAUUUGCAGUAGUGUAUUCCCUAAGGUUUCUUUUUCAGAGGUUCUACUCGACUGUGUGGAGAGCUGAUGAUUGGUAUUAUCUUCUGUAUCUGUUUUGGUUGUGUUUAUGGAUUGUGCGCAUUUGUGUGUGUGUGUGUGUAUGUCUGUAUGUGUCUGUGUACGUGUGUGACACCAUCAGGAAAGUGUAUCACCAAGAGCUGGGUGUGUGAUGGAGAUAUCGACUGUGAGGAUCGUUCUGAUGAGGAUUCCUGUGAGGCAGCUGUCUGUAAGCCUCCAAAAUACCCCUGUGCCAACGACACCUCCACUUGCCUGCCACCAGAGAAGAUCUGCAACGGCAAGACCGACUGUGCUGACCAGUCUGACGAAGGGCCUUUCUGUGGUAAUAAAGAGAGCUAUUAUUUUUAGUACACCAUAUUGCUUGAGACCGUAGAGACAGACUAGUCUGUGGUCUUUCUGCCUAGUUGUGAAGAAUCAUUCCAUUUUUGAAGUGGAAGAGAUGUGUUUAGAGCAGUGGUAUUUAAACUUUUCCAUCUGGGACACCAUUUUUCUCGCCAGAAUUUCUGGGGACUCCACCCCAAAUCUAAUGACACAACCUUAAAAUAUGUAAAGUUUUAUUUUCACAUAAAGAAAUAACUCUUCAAUUCAUUACAUUUUAAUCUCUCUAAGACAGUGGUUCUCAAACCUCUCCUCGGGGACCCCCAGACGUUUCAGAAUUUGGUUGUAGCUCUGAACUAGCACACCUGAUUCAACUAGUCAAGUUGAAUAAUAAUAAUAAUAAUAAUAAUAAUAAUAAUAAUAAUAAUGAUAUGCCAUUUAGCAGACGCUUUUAUCCAAAGCGACUUACAGUCAUGCGUGCAUACAUUUUUUGUGUAUGGGUGGUCCCGGGGAUCGAACCCACUACCUUGGCGUUACAAGCGCCGUGCUCUACCAGCUGAGCUACAGAGGACCACAAGGGUGUGCUAGCUCUGGAAAAUAUCAAGUACAUGGAAUGGCUGGGGGCCCCCCGAGGAGAAGUUUGAGAACCACAGCUCUAAAAGAACCAAUACAUACAUUUACUCAAUAACAUUGUAUUUUCAAAUAAUCUUUCUCAAUAACAUAUUUUCCCAUAAAAUAAUCUGUACACUUAAUGUAUUGUUAUUUUUUGCCAGCCCCACUGCAAUUCCCCGACCCCGACUUUGAAUACCACUGGUGUAACGAUCAUUUUUCUACAGGACAUUUUUUUACAACUAUCUCACUGAGCCGCCCACCCCAGAGUAUACAGGAUGUGUUAAGUGUGCAAGUUCUCAUUUAACACGCACAGAUCCCAGAGACAUAUGUGUUAGAGUCAACACUGUCUCUCCCUACGGAGUAGUAUUAUAUCUAUUCAUUCUCAUAGCCUUGAGAGCAGCUCGAUGAUGCGCCAACAUGCUGUUUAUUCAGAGACCAAUGGGACUGGACAUAAAGAAUAGCUACCAGACUUCUCCAAUGAUUACCAACACAUAUAUGUUUGUCCAAGGCCCAUCGGAGGAAAAAUAUGUUAAUCUCAUGUGAAUAGUACACAUCUAAUCCGUUUGACUAAACAAUGUAAACAUUUCAGAGCACAAAGUGCUUAUACAGAAACCCAGCCUAAAUUCCCAAACAGCAAGCAAUGCAGAUGUACAGUGAGGGAAAAAAGUAUUUGAUCCCCUGCUGAUUUUGUAUGUUUGCCCACUGACAAAGACAUGAUCAUUCUGUAAUUUUAAUGGUAGGUUUAUUUGAACAGUGAGAGACAGAAUAACAACAACAAAAUCCAGAAAAACACAAAAAUGUUAUAAAUUGAUUAGCAUUUUAAUGAGGGAAAUAAGUAUUUGACCCCUCUGCAAAACAUGACUCAGUACUUGGUGGCAAAACCCUUGUUGGCAAACAGAGGUCAGACUUUUCUUGUAGUUGGCCACCAGGUUUGCAAACAUCUCAGGAGGGAUUUUGUCCCACUCCUCUCCUCAUUAUUUUUUUAUAUUUUUCAUACUGGCCCCCCGUGAAUCAAACCCACAACCCUAGCGUUAGAAGUGCCAUGCUCUACCAACUGAGGGAAGGAGGUUCUCACCCAAGAUUUGACGAUACAUGGCCCCGUCCAUCGUCCCUUUGAUGCGGUGAAGUUGUCUUGUCCCCUUAGCAGAAAAACACCCCCAAAGCAUAAUGUUUCCACCUCCAUGUUUGACGGUGGAGAUGGUGUUCUUGGGGUCAUAGGCACCAUUCCUCCUCCUCCAAACAUGGCGAGUUGAGUUGAUGCCAAAGAGCUCAAUUUUGGUCUCAUCUGACCACAACACUUUCACCCAGUUCUCCUCUGAAUCAUUCAGAUGUUCAUUGGCAAACUUCAGACGGGCCUGUAUAUGUGCUUUCUUGAGCGGGGGACCUUGCGGGCGCUGCAGGAUUUCAGUCCUUCACGGCGUAGUGUGUUACCAGUUGUUUUCUUGGUGACUAUGGUCCCAGCUGCCUUGAGAUCAUUGACAAGAUCCUCCCGUGUAGUUCUGGGCUGAUUCCUCACCGUUCUCAUGAUCAUUGCAACUCCACGAGGUGAGAUCUUGCAUGGAGCCCCAGGCCGAGGGAGAUUGACAGUUAUUUUGUGUUUCUUCCAUUUGCGAAUAAUCGCACCAACUGUUGUCACCUUCUCACCAAGCUGCUUGGCAAUGGUCUUGUAGCCCAUUCCAGCCUUGUGUAGGUCUACAAUCUUGUCCCUGACAUCCUUGGAGAGCUCUUUGGUCUUGGCCAUGGUGGAGAGUUUGGAAUCUGAUUGAUUGAUUGCUUCUGUGGACAGGUGUCUUUUAUACAGGUAACAAGCUGAGAUUAGGAGCACUCCCUUUAAGAGUGUGCUCCUAAUCUCAGCUCGUUACCUGUAUAAAAGACACCUGGGAGCCAGAAAUCUUUCUGAUUGAGAGGAGGUCAAAUACUUAUUUCCCUUAUUAAAAUGCAAAUAAAUGUAUAACAUUUUUGACAUGCGUUUUUCUGGAUUUUUGUUGCUGUUAUUCUGUCUCUCACUGUUCAUAUAAACCUACCAUUAAAAUUAUAGACUGAUCAUUUCUUUGUCAGUGGGCAAACUUAUAAAAUCAGCAGGGGAUCAAAUACUUUUUUCCCUCACUGUAGAAGCACAGUGGCUAGGAAAGACUCCAUAGAAAGGCAGGAACCUAGGCAGAAACCUAGAGAGGGAACCAUCCUUUUCUGGCUGUGUCAGUGGAGAUUAUAAGAGUACAUGGUCAUUAAGGCCAGAUCGUUCUUCAAGAUGUUCAAACGUUCAUAGAUGACCAGCAGGGUCAAAUAUAAAUAACAGUGGUUGUAGAGGGUGCAACAGGUCAGGACCUUAGGAUUAAAUGUGGCUAUAGCAAAUGGAUAUAGAUCUCAUUCCGUCAGUAGAGGAUGCCUGGUCGUUCUUUAAAAGUAAUUUCCUCUCAAUCUUAAAUAAACAUGCCCCAUUCAAAAAAUACAGAACUAAGAACAGAUAUAGCCCCUGGUUCUCCUCAGACUUGACUGCCCUUGACCAGCACAAAAACAUCCUGUGGCGUACUGCAUUAGCAUCAAAUAGCCCCCGCGAUAUGCAACUUUUCAGGGAAGUUAGGAACCAAUAUACACAAGCAGUUAGGAAAGCAAAGGCUAACUUUUUCAAACAGAAAUUUGCAUCCUGUAGCACUAACUCCAAAAGGUUUUGGGACACUGUAAAGUCCAUGGAGAAUAAGAGCACUUCCUCCCAGCUGCCGACUGCACUGAGGCUAGGAAACACUAUCACCACCGAUAAAUCUACAAUAAUCGAGAAUUUCAACAAGCAUUUUGCUACGGCUGGCCAUGCUUUCCACCUGGCUACCACUACCCCGGCCACCAGCUCUGCACCCUCCGCUGCAACUUGCCCAUGCCCCCCCCCCCCGCUUCUCCUUCACACAAAUCCAGACAGCUGAUGUUCUGAAAGAGCUGCAAAAUCUGGACCCCUACAAAUCAUCUGGGCUAGACAAUCUGGACCCUUUCUUUCUAAAACUAGCCGCCGAAAUUGUCGCAACCCCUAUUACUAGCCUGUUCAACCUCUCUUUCGUAACGUCUGAGAUCCCCAGAGAUUGGAAAGCUGCCGCGGUCAUCCCCCUCUUCAAAGGGGGUGACACUCUAGAUCCAAACUGUUACAGACCCAUAUCUAUCCUGCCCUGCCUUUCGAAAGUUUUUGAAAGCCAAGUUAACAAACAGAUCACCGACCAUUUCGAAUCCCACCGUACCUUCUCCGCUAUGCAAUCCGGUUUCCGAGCUGGUCAUGGGUGCACUUCAGCCACGCUCAAGGUCCUAAACGAUAUUAUAAUCGCGAUCGAUAAUAGACAGUACUGUGCAGCCGUCUUCAUCGACCUGGCCAAGGCUUUCGACUCUGUCAACCACUGCAUUCUUAUUGGCAGACUAAAUAGCCUUGGUUUCUCAAAUGACUGCCUCGCCUGGUUCACCAACUACUUCUCAGAUAGAGUUCAAUGUGUCAAAUCGGAGGGCCUGUUGUCUGGACCUAUGGCAUUCUCUAUGGGGGUGCCACAGGGUUCAAUUCUUGGGCCGACUUUUUUCUCUCCGUGUAUAUCAAUGAUGUCGCUCUUGCUGCUGGUGACUCUCAGAUCCACCUCUACGCGGACGACACCAUUUUGUAUACAUCUGGCCCUUCAUUGGACACUGUGUUAACAAACCUCCAAACGAGCUUCAAUGCCAUACAACACUCCUUCAGUAGCCUCCAACUGCUCUUAAACACUAGUAAAACGAAAUGCAUGCUCUUCAACCGAACGCUGCUUGCACCCGCCCACCCGACUAGAAUCACUACUCUCGACGGGUCUGACCUAGAGUAUGUGGACAACUACAAAUACCUAGGUGUCUGGUUAGACUGUAAACUCUCCUUCCAGACUCACAUUAAGCAUCUCCAAUCCAAAGUUAAAUCUAGAAUCGGUUUCCUAUUUCGCAACAAAGCCUCCUUCACUCAUGCUGCCAAACAAGGCCUCCAACACUCUACUCAGCAAAUUGGAUGUAGUCUAUCACAGUGCCAUCUGUUUUGUCUCCAAAGCCCCAUAUACUACCCACCACUGUGACCUGUAAGCUCUUGUUGGCUGGUCCUCACUACAUAUUCGUCGCCAAACCCACUGGCUCCAGGUCAUCUAUAAAUCACUGCUAGGCAAAUCCCCGCCUUAUCUUAGCUCAUUGGUCACCAUAGCAACACCCACCCAUAGUAUGCGCUCCAGCAGGUAUAUCUCACUUGUUAUCCCCAAAGCCAACACCUCCUUUGGCCGCCAUUCCUUCCAGUUCUCUGCUGCCAAUGACUGGAACAAAUUGCAAAAAUCUCUGAAGCUGGAGACACUUAUCUCCCUCACUAACUUUAAGCAUCAGUUGUCAGAGCACCUUACCGAUCACUGCACCUGUACACAGCCCAUCUGAAAUUAGCCCGCCCAACUACCUCAUCCCUGUAUUGUUAUUUAUUUUUGCUCAUUUGUACCCCAGUAUCUCUAUUUGCACAACAUCUCUUGCACAUCUAUCAUUCCAGUGUUAAUACUAAUUGUAAUUAUUUUGCACUAUAGCCUAUUUCUUGCCUUACCUCCAUAACUUGCUACAUUUGCACACACUGUAUAUAUAUUUUGUUGUAAUUUUGACUUUAUGUUUUGUUUUACCCCAUAUGUAACUCUGUGUUGUUGUUUUUAUCGCACUGCUUUGCUUUAUCUUGGCCAGGUCGCAGUUGUAAAUAAGAACUUAUUCUCAACUGGCUUACCUGGUUAAAUAAAGGUGAAAUAAAAUAAUAAAUAAAAAAAUAAAAAAAUAGCAGAGCAUUCAGAGGUCAAGACAGCAGGUGCGGUAGGGAGAGAGAGAAAGGGAGGGAAAGAGAAAGAGAGAGAGAGAGAGAGAGAGAGAGAGAGAGAGUCGAAGACAGCAGAUCCGGGUCAAGGUAGCACAUCCGGUUAACAGGUCAGGGUUCCAUAGCAGGCUGAACAGUUGAAACUGAAGCAGCAGCAUGACCAGGUGGACUGGGGACAGCCAGGAGUCAUCAUGCCAGUUAGUCCUGAGGCAUGGUCCUAGGGCUCAGGUCCUCCGCGAGGGGAGGAAGAGAGGGAGAGAGAAUUAGAGGCAUACUCAAGUUCACAUAGGAAACCAGAUAAAACAGGAGAAUUUCACCAAAUAGGAAAGACUGACCCUAGCCCUCUGGCACACAGACUAUUGCAGCAUAGAUACUGGAGACGGGGGGGGGGGGGGGGGGGGGGGGGGGGGGGUCGGAGGGCACUGUGGCCCCGUCCGACGUUACCUCCGGACAGGGCCAAACAAGCAGGAUAUAACCCCACUCACUUUGUCAAAGUACAGCCCCCACACGACUAGAGGGAUAUCAACAGACCACCAACUUACUACUAUGAGGCAAGGCUGAGUAUAGCCCACAAAGAUCUCCUCUACCGCACGUGCCCGAGGUCGCGCAAGACCGGACAGGAAGAUCACGUCAGUGACUCAACCUACUCAAGUUGAGUAUAGCGCAAAAAAGCCUGGCACGAUGUGACGCACCCCUCCUAGGGACGGUAUGGAAGAGCACUAGUAAGUCAGUGACUCGGCCCAUGUAAUAGGGUCAGAGAAUCCCAGUGGAGAGAGGGACCCUCAUAGGGGACCAUUGUUAGAUGCCAUAGCUCAGAGUGCAUGUGUUAUUACUUUUAUCUGCCUCCCAAAUGGCACACUAUUCCGUACAUAGUGCACUACUUUUGAACAGAGCCCUAUGCAGAAAAGUGUAAAUGGAAAAGGGUAUAGGGAAGUGGGUGCAAUUUGGGAUACAACCUUUGAGAAAAGGCCCACACCGUGUUGCCAGCUUCAUAACCAAUUAGGUCAUACAGGGAGACCUUAAGGGCCCUGAUUGAUUUGAGCCAACUCAGCAGGAGUCAUUCCUCCAGCUGUAACCUAUGGGAGCACAACGCUCCUCUAUCCUCCUCCACCUUCCACACACGCAGGCAGCUAGGGGACCCCCACAGAGAAAAUGCAAUUGUUUUUUGUCUGUGCCAUGAAGAUCGUCUUAAUCAUGGCUAGCUAGCAAGGAGACUUUGGACGUGUAGUGUCAUUUUCUCACCAGAAUGCGUUUUCAUAUUCUGGACCUGUCUGGCUCCUUACAAUAAUCGGGUGCCUAGCUGCUUCAGAGAAAAGUAUUCCAUUAUAGACUGGGGUGAGAAUGGGAAACAGACUGCACAAAGAAAGAAUCGUUUUGUAAAAAGAAUAGUACACAACUGCACAACUUUCUGUAAGGGUUGGUGUGAGGUGUGAUGCAGGUGCGGUGCAGGUUAGACAGUAGGCAGUAGGCCGAGAUGGUGAAACAAGGAACUUUACUGAUGGUCCCGAAGCCAGGAUACAAAAUAACGGACUUUACACGAAAAAGAAAGGCGGAGCAAAUAAGACUCCAAAAAACAGGCAUACAGACAAAAAUACGAAAUACUAACUAUAACUGAAAUAAUAAAUAAACAGGGAGAACACUUCUCACGUACCUGUCCAUACGUCCCGCGAUCAGACACUGAUUAGUACUGCUUGGCAUAGUGAAACUAGCAGAGAAAACGGAGCAAGGGAACACAGGAAAGUGAGGGCAUAAAUACACAGAUUAAUCAGAUAGACACAGGUGACAACAAUAGGAUCAUGAUUAGUCCCGACUGUGAGUGAGGAGGUGCCUAAGGUUGUCGGAGGAUGACACCUAGUGGGUUGCUCUGGAACUGCGACCCCCUCCUCUGGGUGGAGGCGACGGAAUGUUGUUAUCAGCCCUGGGUCCAGAAUGUCGCUCCUGGGCACGCAGGACCGCUCCUCCGGCCCAUAACCCUCCCAGUCCACCAGAAAUGUGAGACCCCUCCCCACCCGCCGGCAGUCCAGGAUCCGGUCCACAGAGUAAAAGCCGGCUGCCCUCCGACGAGGCGCAGUGGGGGAACAGGACAAGGAGGGGGAGCCAGGGGACAGGUGGUGACGGGCUUGAGGAGGGACACAUGGAAUGUGGGAUGCACCCGCAUGGUGGGGGGAAGUUGCAGGCGGUAGGCCACUGGGUUGACUCGCCGGACCACUCUGAAUGGCCCGACGAACCGGGGGGACAGCUUCCUGGACUCCAUGUGGAGGGGAAGAUCGUGCGUGGAGAGCCACACCCUCUGUCCCGGGCGAAAGACCGGGGCCGGGCGACGCCUGCGGUUGGCCUGAUGUUGAGAGAAGACCGAGGCCCGCUUAAGCACCGCCCGUACCUGCCUCCAGGUGCGGCGACAGCGACUGAUGUUGCUCGGGGAAUAGGGGGGGUUGGUACCCAUAAUGGCACUAUAAGGGGGACAGGCCGGUGGACGAGCAGAGAAAGGUGUUGUGGGCGUAAUCUGCCCACGCCAGUCGCUGACUCGACGUAGCUGGGUUGCUGGAGGCGUAGGCACUUGGGCACUUGGGGAUAGGCAGGGGUCGGAGCAGCCCUGCCGCGGGCUGACGUGAGCUCUUAGUGUGCGCGUCCCUCUCCACCAGGUCCAAGGGGUCGAACUGCCGGGAGAGCGCGUCAGGCUUGGUGUUCUUCGACCCCGGACGGUGUGAGAUGGUGAACCGUAACCUGGUGAAGAACAACGCCCACCUGGCCUGGCGCGAGUUGAGCCUCUUGGCCCCCUGAAUGUAGGCUAAGUUCUUGUGGUCAGUCCAUACUACAAAUGGAUUGGUUGGCCCCCUCUAGCCAAUGUCUCCACUCCACCAGGGCGAGCUUGACUGCUAGCAGCUCACGGUUCCCCACGUCGUAAUUCCGCUCCACCGGGGACAGCCGAUAGGAGAAAUACGAGCAGGGGUGAGUCUUACAGUCCGUCAGGAACCACUGGGACAGGAUUGCUCCCACUGCAACGUCUGAAGCAUCCACCUCCACAAUGAACGGCAGGGACGGAUCAGGUUGCCCGAGGACCGGGGCAGAUGUAAAGCGCCGCUUCAGCGCUUCAACGCUUCAAAUGCGUUCCCCACUUCUGGGGUCCAGGCGAAGGAGCGUACGCUCAUCUUGGUGAGGGCUGUCAGGGGAGCGACUAGCGAGCUAAAAUUGCCAAUUAAUCGCCUAUAAAAAUUUGUGAACCCUAAAAACCAUUGUAGUUGCUUGAGGGAUGAGGGCUGGGGCCAAUACAGUACCGUGCUGACCGAGGCUGGGUCCAUCCGUAGGUCCCCCUGGAUGACGAUGAACCCCAGGAAGGAGACUGUCUCAGUUUGGAACACACACUUAUCCGCCUUGACGUAGAGCUGGUGAAGGAGAAGGCGUUGUGAAGGGCCUGCCUAACAUACUGCUGGUGUUCACUCAUGUCCUUCGAAAAUAUGAGGAUAUCAUCCAAAUACACGAAGAUGCUGUAGUCGAAGAGGUCCCGGAGCAUGUCAUUGACCAACGCCUGGAACACCGCAGGUGCGUUGGCUAGACCAAACAGCAUGACUUGGUACUCGUAAUGCCCACUGGGUGUAUUAAACGCUGUCUACCACUCAUCCCCCUCCCGAAUCCUCACCAGGUUGUAGGCGUAACACUUUCCAAUUUCAUUUUGUGUUGAAGCCUUGGCAGUAAUAAAGGCGUCAUCCCUCAGGUCAUGCUGCCAAGGACUAACUGAACUGUGGAGCGUCUUUCAUUAUGUAAUAGCUUUUUCUUGUGUUGCAUAUGCAGCGGAAAUAUUCUGUCAUCAUGCUCAACUAGCAAUCUCUAGCUCAGAGCAAAAAGUGGCAGUGUUAUUCUAGCUAGCCAGCUAGUUUUAAUUCUGAUAUUAUUUGCAUUCCCAUUCUCUUUUUUUUAAGCGUACCAUGCACAUUUUGGCCCAACAUAUUGUAGUCUUAUUUUUCUAACUACCGUUUAGGAUCCAAUGGAUGACUUUCCCCCUGUCCAUUAACUACCCAAUGCUCUUUUGAAAACCAUCUCAGAUAGGUGUUUGGUUCUUACUUCCUGUCCUCUCUCUCUCUCUACUUCCAGAUCAGAGUUGUUUCUUACUUCCUGUCCUCUCUCUCUCUCUCUACUUCCAGAUCAGAGUUGGUUCUUACUUCCUGUCCUCUCUCGCUCUACUUCCAGAUCAGAGUUGGUUCUUACUUCCUGUUCUCUCUCUCUCUCUCUGCUCCCAGAUCAGAGUUGGUUCUUGCUUCCUGUCCUCUCUCUCUACUUCCAGAUCAGAGUUGGUUCUUACAUCCUGUUCUCUCUCGCUCUACUCCCAGAUCAGAUUUGGUUCUUACUUCCUGUCCUCUCUCUCUCUACUUCCAGAUCAGAGUUGGUUCUUACUUCCUGUCCUCUCUCUCUGCUCCCCAAUCAGAGUUGGUUCUUACUUCCUGUCCUCGCUCUCUCUGCUCCCAGAUCAGAGUUGGUUCUUACUUCCUGUUCUCUCUCUCUCUGCUCCCAGAUAAGUGUUUGGUGGCCAAGGGUGGCUGCAGCCAUCAGUGCAUGGUGGUACCAGGGACGGGGGUGGUCUGCUCCUGCCCUACAGGGCUCCACCUGGACUCUAACAACAGGACGUGUGAGGCAGUGGACUACUGCAGCAGGCACCUGAAGUGCAGCCAGAUGUGUGAGCAGUACAAGACCACCGUCAAGUGUUCCUGCUACCCAGGCUGGAGGCUGGGCCCCGAUGGAGACAGCUGCCACAGCACAGGUGAGGUGACAAAGUGUGGGGGCUGCAUGUGUAGAGAGUAUAGAGUAGAGUAGUACUUUAUUGAUCCCAACUUGGGAAAUUGUUUUAUCACUCAGCAUCAUUAAUAAAUUACAAAAACAAGACACGUAUGAAUGACAUACACAUUUAAGAAAAACACAUGAUAAGACAUGUAGGAAGGUUCCGCCACGUUAAUAGCCAUAAAAGAUAUAGACCACUUUAAGAUAGGUAAAAAAUGCUGUUGUCUAUCCUACUCCUGGGAAACAAGCAAAACCACAUUCCUAUUAAGAAGGCAUCAGAAAGAAGGCAUAAUUUGUGUGUGUGUGUGUGUGUGUGUUUAUGUGGGGGGAGGCUUUACCUAAAUCCAAUCACACAGCUUUACAUGACGGGAACAAACCGUCUAAUUGUGUUGUAGUUUGUGUGAUUGGAUUGAUGUUUUGGACAUUUUUUUGCUUCUGUGUUGCUGCUCGUAAACGAGGAGAACAUGCAGCCUUGAUGUGUCGCAUUCAGAUUUAUGAAGCUCGUUUUUUACUGCUCACCUCUCUAUUUCCCUCAGAGAUUGAUGGCAGUUGCAGUGCUAAUCGUAUGUUAAAACGGGGAAAGAAUAGGCAAUUUACUAAAGAACCACAUGAACAUUUUAUUAGUUUUUACAUAAAUCCAUUUUCUGUGCACAAUAGAAAACUGAGUAAGAACCUCAUUUAAUUUGGACAAAUGUGCUAUUGAAUCUGUGGUGAUGUUUCAUGCAAGGCUCUAGCUUUUGUACAGAGAAUUUCAGGUAUAACUGAAUUAUAAAUAAAGUAGGAACUUGUCAGCAUAACAAGUAGCUAACAUCCCUACUCCAUACAGUAUCCAGUCUUUGUCAUUGUUCUGUGAAUUGAAGAUAAUAUGUUUCUCCGUAGUCAGGAUAGGCUUUCUGUUCUGUGCGUAACACUGAUUUUGCCUUAGAGUAACCUUGUAUCUGGAAUUCUCUGAAGAUAAGGUGUGUGUACCAGUGCCUAGUCAUGAAAGAGCAUGAUCCAGUGUGUGUGCAUGGGCGCACAUGUGCGAAUGUGUGUGUGUGUGUGUGUGCAUGUUUGUGUAGUCAUGCGUACCUGUGUAUGUUCUGCGCUAAUGGCACCAGUUCAAAUAACUUCCCAGGCUCAUGCCAUUCAUGUUGGUAUUGUUGUGGCAUCGUUCACCUCCGUUUUAACUUUUUCCUCUUCCUUUCCUCCCUUUCUUUCCAUUGGCCAGAUCCCUUUGAGGCUUUCAUCAUCUUCUCUAUCCGGCAUGAGAUAAGACGGAUAGAUCUUCAUAAGCGAGACUACAGCCUGCUGGUGCCAGGGCUCCGGAACACCAUUGCUCUUGACUUCCACUUUAAUCACAGCCUGCUCUACUGGACAGAUGUGGUGGAGGAUAAGAUCUACAGAGGACGCCUCUCGGACUCCGGAGGUAUGUAGGUUCUAUAUGUUAGAUCUAGGCUACAUGUUAGAUCUAAAUGGUGUAAUCUAUUGGGCUUUCAGACUCUGAAGGUACAUAGGUCUAAGCUGCACAUUAGAUCGUAAAAGCUGUGAUGUGUUGAGGCUUUCAAAGUCUUUAAAAACUUUGGCUAGGCUAAGCAUUAGAUCUAAAUGCUGUGAUGUAUUAGAUGAGGAGGAUAAACAUGGCUUCCUUCUGUAGUGGAACUUUUUUUUAGACUUUCCAACUAUACAGUUUAGUUCAUUAAUGUUUUCAGUUCAGUUCUACUUAGCACCUCUUUGAUACUGUGAGCAAUCCUGUCCCUCCAUUGAGGAGUUAUUUCAGCAGGGUAAUGCUGAGUGUAGUGGGUAGACUCUAGGACCCUCAGUAGUCUUCCCAUUGUUAUAGUAAGUCUCUGAAGACUUUGAUGAAUUGCAACUUCUUGUUUGGUGUUUGGGUUGGUGUUUUGUGCUGCGCGACAUUCUGGGCCUCUGCUGCAAUAUAACUAUUUCUCUCUUUCUCUCAUUUUCUCUAUGGGGCCAUAGAAUGCAUCCCACUGCUGCACCUACACUGAGUGUGAACGGCGUAUGGUAGUAGGGGGGGGGUGGUGUUCUUAAUGUUUUAUAUUAGUAGGGUGUUCAUAAUGUUUUGUAUUAGGAAGGUGUUCAUAAUGUUUUGUAUUAGGAAGGUGUUCUUAAUGUUUUGUAUUAGGAAGGUGUUCUUAAUGUUUUGUAUUAGGAGGGUGUUCAUAAUGUUUUGUAUUAGGAAGGUGUUCUUAAUGUUUUUUAUUAGGAAGGUGUUCUUAAUGUUUUGUAUUAGGAAGGUGUUCUUGAUAUUUUAUAUUAGGAAGGUGUUCUUCAUGUUUUAUAUUAGGAAGGUGUUCUUCAUGUUUUGAAUUAGGAAGGUGUUUUGUACAGUGUAUUUCUCCCUUUUGUGAUUCUUCCACAAAGGCUCCAGCAGAGGAUCAUUGUAAACAGCUUGAUUAUAGACAUACUGGGAAAACCUUUUAUGUUUAAUGGAACACUGGAGGAAACUAUCUUCUUUUAUGUCCAUGUGUUCUUCCUCAAGAGUUUUUCUAGCAAGGGUUUUCUCUCCAUGAAAUGUAAUUUUGUUGGCAGACCAACAAACAAAUCCCCUCAACAAGGGGGAAAUAAUCAGGAUGAGUUGAAUACAUCCCUUCACCAGUCUUCUCUCACCUACUGUGUGUCAGUGGAGGCUGCUAAUGGGAGGAUGGCUCACAAUAAUGGCUGGAACAGAGUGAAUGGUAUGGCAUCAAACACAUGGAAACCAUGUGUUUGAUGUAUUUCAUACCAUUCCACUGAUUCCGCUCCAGCCAUUACCAUGAGCCCGUUCUCCCCAAUUAAGGUGCAACCAACCUCCUGUGGUGUGUGUAUUGAUGACCAUGGUGCUGUGGGUUGGUCCAUCUCACCGGGUCUAAAAGGUGGUGAUCAUGGUCCUGUGGUUGGUGUUCCAUCAGGUGUGACAGGGAUCGAGGUUGUUGUGCAGCAUGGGCUGGCCACUCCAGAGGGGCUGGCGGUGGACUGGAUAGCAGGGAACCUGUACUGGAUCGACAGUAACCUGGACCAGAUC